CUUUUAUUCAUUUAGAAUUAGAAAUUUCAUCUCAACGUUUAAAUAAAGUUAUCUCCCCUCCCUUCCUUUUCAGUCAACACGCGCCAGAGAAAAAAGAACCCUCCUAAACCCUAUCUCACAGCUGCGGACCACCUCUUUCCCUCAACCUCCGGCCACCACGACCUCCGUCAUAGAAACAAAUGUCAUUUCCGUGCUCUCUAUUACAUCUCCUUUCUAAGGAAUCGAAGGAAUGUUCUUUGUUUCAGUGUUCAACGGAGGAUUCCGCUUUCACGUAACGACUUUCAUUUGUUUCCACUUCCAUCAUUCAACAGAACCGAGUUUACAUCUUCUGGAUCCGUUUGACCGCUGAGAAACGGCGAGAAAGUCAAGGUUGCUUUUGUGAUGGUUUUCAAUGGAGACACCCUCAGAUCUUAGGUUAUCUAUCCCUGCGGAAUGCAAACUUUGGACCGAGUUGUUGUGGAAUCUACACGAUCUGAAAGAGUUGAAGUGAUUUUUACCUUCACGGGACCUUUUUUGGUGACUUUAAGAAGAUCUGAGAUGGAUGUCUCAAGAAAUGCGUGGUUAUGUUGAAGCUGUUCUUAACAGCCUUGCUGCCAAUGUUACCAAGUUUUGGAUGAGCAGGUAGCUGUUAUUUGCUAAGUGGAGAAAGCUAAAGACAACAUGCAUUGCUUGAUCAGUUAUAUAGAGUUCGAUCAGGUAUUUCCUUGAAAGUCCUUGAUGGUUAAUUCCAAGGCAUUGAGAUAAGGAUUUUACCCGAAAACAGCCGUUACUCUGCCUGAUUUUCGACAGAAUUUUAAUGUGCUUAAUGCAAAAUGGUGCUAAGAUAAUAAGUUCAUCUGGAUCCCCAAGUGAUAAUGUUGGUUUAGUAUUGAUAUUCCAAAUGAUGGGAAAUCUACCUUGACUCAUAAUGUCAAGUGUUGGCUUCUUCUUCGGUUAGACCGUUCUUUUCCUUAGCUUUUAUUUUACGCAAUAGGAUAGCCUCUUCAUCUCCUCCCAUUCUUAAAUUUUCAAAAUCUUCUCCCUUUUUCAAAAACCUUCUUAUGUUUGCAAUCUUUUCGAAACCUUUUUCUUAAAAAAUAUCUUUUGCCUUCAAUGGCCUUUUUCUUCAAAAAGUUUAGACACUAUUAAUUGUCGAAAUGAGUGGUUAUACCCCACGAUUUUGAAAUUGAUUGAUAUAAUGAGAUCUUUUCCGCGUGAGAGAGCUAGUGGCAUACUCGUCGAUUUUAUCCGAGUUGGAGCCCUUCUUUCAUUUGCGAUGCAAAGAACUCAUUUGUUCUCAUGCUCAAGAUCAAUGGCUGUGUAUUUCUCUCCAACGACGAUAAAGUGUUUAUUCGUUUUAAAAAACGUUUUUCCCUUUAAGCGGAACUACAUUAGCUCUGACUUCUCCAUUGCACCGAGGAGGUAUGUAGGCACAAAGCUUAACGCUUUGCCGAGCUUAUUUUAAAAAUAAAACAAACCCUUUUUUAGCACACACACAACACAGAUUUUCAAAAAGGUUCCUGUGGAAUACCACAGAUAUGAGGGGUGCUUUAAACCUUCCCCUUGUAUAAUCAACACCCGAACCUGAGUUCUCUUCCUUGUUUUAAAAACAAAACUUUGGGUUUUUCGUUCUUUUCCCUUUUCCUUUGAAAAAAUAAAGCGCGGUGGCGAUUUCAAAAGAAAUAUUGAUUCGAGUCAAUCCUAUGGCUUCGAUAUCAGAUUUUCCCCGCUACAGCUGGGACUCUGAUUUUCCUCACGAGGUGGCUCAAACCUACAGAUCCCUUAGGCUUCUUUUUCUUCUUGGCCAUCAGGGCUUUCGGUUCCUCUUGCCCUUUUGCUAGCUCUAGAAUUGCUAACUGAACUUGGGCGCUCUGUGCCUCGAGAUUCUUGAUGCUUGCUUCGGAAUCCAUCCCUUCUAACUGAAAUAAACAGCGAGAAGAUGAGAAACCCGUUAUGUGAACCUGUUAUGAAAUGUUUAGGAAUGAGAUGCAUAUGCAAUGUUUUCAACGAUCUUAGAAUUUAGAUUCGUUUAAACAAAAGAGAAACAAACGUUUAUUAGCCAAACAUUUUAUUUCUUUUCUCUUUUCCUGUUCUCUUUUUUCUUUUUUUUCUUGCCUCUUUCGGGCUUACAAGAUAAAGCAAAUAAAAGAAAAUAAAAGAUUCUUCAAGCCUCCCAUGGACGCUUUCUCUUUGCACCCAGGAACGUGUUGAUCUGCUGUUCUCCAUGGAGUUGUUUGGUGAGCUCCAACACUUUACUUUUAUAGUCCUGACAAUGUGCUUUGAAGGUGUCCCUUUCUUCUUUUAGUUUAACCCAAGAUUUCUGCAGUUCUUCCAGGUCAGUCGGCAUAUCCGGAUGUAGAAUAACUCGAGGUUCCUCCCCUUCGACUUCUGGCUCAAUGGUCACAGGUAGGAUAGCGGGAUAUGGCAUGAUGAACUUCUGAGCACGAGCACACACCCAUUUGAGGUAAGGCUCCAUGGGAAUAGAAUUCCAUUGUCCUAAAGACUUGCUUUCUACUUUGUAGACACUGUCCCAAACAUGUAUAAACCUUUGUCGAUAUCCUUGGGAAUCAUCUUCGUAAUUGAACAUAAUGCUGUGGAUGAUCAUGUCGUGAGGACCAUUUCUUCGUGCAUAUCCAAAUUGGCGCAAACCUUUGUAGGUGAUGCCUCCCCUAAUGCGAAGGAGCGGCACAUUAGGGUACUCCCUACAAUGGUCAAUAAGAGUGAUGUCUUCUUGAAAGAAGUUGUUCCACCGGAUAUCUGAAUGAGAUAAGGACAUAAUUCUGUGAGACCAUUGCAUCUUUUGCUCGUUUUUCAACACCGAUCGGGGAAGGUAAACCAUCUAGCCAGUAGUGGUACACAACACAUAAGAGUCCCUCGCUUUUUCAUGGUACGAGUGUAUAGAGAAUGUAGAAUGUCUCCCAGCAAAGUAGGUACCGGAUUGCGGGUUAAGAAAAUGUUGAUAGCGUGCACGCCUAUGAAUUGGUCGGGAUUAGGGAAUAACACCAACCCAUAUAUCAAAAGAGCCACGACUUCUUCAAAAGCUUGGUAAUUCGUAUCCUUCAGUAAUGAUCGAGCCUUUCCCAUUAAGAAUUGAUCUUGAAUAGGUAACCCAUUCAGUUCAUAGAAUUCCUCCAAGGUGGGUACUAGCUGGUAAUCGGGAAAUGUAAAACAAUGAUGUUUGGGAUCAAAGAAAUGGAACAGGACCCGUAUCAUGUCUUCUUCAAAUUUUGAGGUAACCAAAUGGAGUAGGUGACCAUGCUUCUCGGUGAAUUGAGCAUUUCUGGGAAAUUCGGAUAUUAAUUCCUUAAGUUCAGAUGGUACUGUUGAGAUGUUGAUCCGGAUGUAAUUUCUGGUAGCAGGAGCCAUUACCUACAACAACAGAACAAAAGUAAACUCUUCGGUCCUUGAAAUGAUUAGUGAAAAAUGAUAUGCUUAUGAUGUCUAUGAUGUUAUGAAGGCUUAGGUUUAAAGGCUUGCACGAGGUUCAUAGGUGAUACCCUCCCCACUGAAGUUUAGUUUGUUUAAACAUGUCUUAGAAUGGUAUUCGGGUUCUAUGAUCCUUGGAGACAACAUCUCAAAACGGCACUCGGACGGCCGAUCAAAACAUUCCUCAAGGAAACCAACUUCGAUCAAUUUCAAAGCCAGUCACUUAAUAGGUCACAAGUCAAGUUCAACUAAAGGUUCUAAGGCAAAUUAGUGCUUGAUGACAUUUCGGAAGCCUCACUUGUUGGAAGAAAAUGACUGGACUGAUUGGUGCCUUUCAGACUUUGAUGUGUUGAACCUUGAAUGUGAAUCAGUAGUCAAAUGGGACAUAGUCGUACGCUUUAUUCCCUAACUUUUGCCUAGGCCGCCUUUUCAGGUUUUCAGCCUACCGAGAUAAUUUGUAUAUAUUUUUUAGUCUCUAAUUUUUGCCUGGAUCGCCCUUUCAGGUUUUCAAUCCACCGAGACGCCUAUUUUUUGCCUAAGUCGCCCUCUCGGGUUUUCAACUUAGCGAUCUUUUAUUUCUUUAAGCGAAUUAACUUUUGACUAUGUCCGCAUUCACAGGGUGUGGGAAAUCCUCGCCAUCCAUAAUGGUAAGCAACAUGGCUCCGCCGGAGAAUACUUUCUUGAUUACAAAUGGUCCCUCAUAAGUGGGAGUCCACUUGCCCCUGGGAUCACCCUGUGGUAAGAUGAUACGUUUGACAACCAAAUCACCGGUUUGAUAUGCCUGACUUUUGACUUUUCUGUUGAAAGCUUUGAUCAUACAUUUCUGGUACAACUGACCAUGACAAAUAGCCGUAAGCCUCUUCUCAUCAAUCAAGUUUAUCUGGUCCAAUUGAGUCUGAAUCCAAUCGUCUUCGUCUAGAUCGGCUUCUUUCAUAAUCCUUAGGGAAGGAAUCUGAAUUUCAAUUGGAAGAACUGCCUCCAUACCAUAGACUAAGGAAAUGGAGUUGCCCCUGUUGAGGUACGUGUUGAAGUGCGAUAACCGUGAAGAGAAAAAGGUAACAUCUCAUGCCAGUCUUUGUAGGUUAUUGUCAUCUUCUGUAUGAUCUUCUUGAUGUUCUUGUUGGCAGCUUCCAUGGCACCAUUCAUCUUUGGUCGAUAUGGAGAGGAAUUAUGAUGUUUAAUCUUGAACUGCGUGCAGAGUUCAGUAAUCAUCCUGUUGUUUAAAUUGGUGCCAUUGUCGGUGAUGAUCCUUUCAGGGAUGCCAUACCGACAAAUGAGACUGUUCUUGAUAAACCGGGCCACAACAUUCUUGGUGACAGAAGCAAACGAGGCUGCCUCUACCCAUUUGGUGAAGUAAUCAAUAGUAACCAGGAUAAAACGAUGUCCGUUGGAAGCCGUAGGCUUGAUUUCUCCAAUCAUAUCGAUGCCCCACAUUACAAAAGGCCAUGGAGCCGUCAGAACGUUUAAUGGGACUAGAGGUAUAUGUACUUUGUUGGCGUAUAUUUGGCAUUUGUGACAAGUUCUAGAGUGAUGAUGGCAGUCUGUCUCCAUGGUAGACCAGUAGUAUCCUGCUCUCAAAAUCUUUUUAGCCAUUAUAUGUCCACUUGAAUGAGUACCAAAGGUACCGUCGUGUAUAUCUUCCAUAAUCUGUUCCGCUUCCUUCUUGUUCACACAACGAAGCAAAGUCGAGUCAUGAUUGCGUUUGUACAGGGUUCCAUUACUUAGAAAGAAUUUGGCAGCAAAUCUUCUUAGAAACUUUCUGUCAUUAAUGGAUGCCCCUUCAAGAUACUCCUGAGCUUCGAGAUAUCUUUUUACUUCAUGGAACCAUGGUUUUUCUUCCACUCCUUCGGUAUUGAUCUCGUUGCAAUAGGCUGGUUCAUCCUGUCUGUAAAUGGUGAUCAUAGGCGCCUCAUUGUCCCACCUGACUUUGAACAUAGAUUACAUUGUAGCUAAAGCAUCAGCCAGUUGAUUUUCUUCGCGCAGGAUAUGCUCAAAAGUGAUUUCUUCGAAGUAAGGAAUCAAACUCAGCACAUGUUCUUUGUAAGGAAUUAAAUUCGGGUGCUUUGUGUCCCAUUCUCCUUUAACUUGAUAAAUUACAAGGGCAGAGUCCUCGUAUACCUCUAGGAACUUGAUUCUCAGAUCGAUUGCAGCUCUGAGACCCAAAAUACAUGCUUCGUACUCGGCUAUAUUGUUAGUGCAGUCGAAGCAUAGUCUGGCAGUGAAUGGUGUAUGUCCUCCUGCGGGAGAAAUGAUUACAGCUCCGAUGCCAUUGCCAAGCGCAUUAGAGGCUCCAUCAAAAACCAUAGUCCAUCGGGACCCUGGCUCGGGUCCUUCCUCCGGUCCGGGUUGUUCGUAGUCAGUAACUAGCAUAAUAUCUUCAUCUGGGAAGUCAAAGUUCAACGCUUGAUAAUCAUCCACUGCUUGAUGAGCCAGAUGAUCAUCUACCACACUUCCUUUGAUCGCCUUUUGCGAAGUGUACUGGAUGUCAUAUUCUGUCAAGAUCAUUUGCCAUCUUGCUAUUCUUCCAGAGAGAGCAGAUUUUUCGAACACAUAUUUGAUAGGAUCCAUUUUGGAGAUCAACAAAGUGGUAUGGUUUAGCAUAUACUGUCUUAGUCGGCGAGCCGCCCAUGCCAAGGCACAACAAGUUUUCUGGAAGAAAUGAAUCCACAAUUUUUUAUCCGCCGUAUGAGGUUGUAUCUUUCUCACAUAGGACCUUAGAUGCAGCUGUGGGCAAGAUACUCCAUCAUACUUUGCAAAGAUAGGAACUUUGAACUUUGGAGGGAUAACAACCCCUGAGACGAGUCCAAGAUCGUUGAAGUCUAAACCAGGUAUUUUCUGUAUCUCCAUAGCUUUCAUGCGUUCUUCCAACUGCUAGUGAUUGUUAUCACCAUGUUCGUCUUCGGAAUGAUAAUCUUCUUCGUUAGAAGAGAGAGAGAGGGUUUGGCAGAACCCUGGUUGCUGUGAUUGUCUUCUUGAUCACCUUCACCGACUACUUCAGGGAUUGGCGCCAUUUUGGACCUCCUGGCUGGUGUCAUACCCCAAUUUUUGACCCUAAGAUCAUACAUCAAUUGCAUUCAAUCAUCAAUCAAAAGCACCAUUGUGAGGCUUUGUCUUUGAUACUGUGAUUAUCUCUGAGGGGAAUCAUUAAGCACUUUUAGAUUUUUAUUUGUUUAGUGCUAACCAAAAAUCAAAAAAAUAUGUGUUUUGUCUCUUUUGUUUAUAUUUUACAGGUGAAAGAUCGGGCAAAAGUCAAAACAGUGCAAGAAAACAAUUUUUGAAAAUUUGAAGGUGGAAAUCGAUUUACCCCUGUGGGAAAUCGAUUUCCUGUGCGCAAAAUUCAAAAAAAUAUAAGGAGGGAAGCUUGACAUCAUUUUGGCACCUUUUUAUUUGAUCAUUUUACCAAUUUUCCACCUCAUCAAAAUUAACUCCUUCAUUAAACCCCCUUAAAUAUCAUUUUACCAUUUAAAUCCCACUUUAAUUACCAAUUAACCACAAAUUAAUUACCAAACACAAAAAGACCAAUUUGCCAGUACUCUUGCUCCAAUUCUAUAAAUAGAGACCUCUACUCUCUCAUUUCUCAAGCUUUGAGAGCCAAAAAACCCCUUGCAAUUUCUCUCCUCAUCCCUACCAAAUUCACCAAAGCUCUUUAUUCUUUCAUAAAGUUUGUGAGUCACACCUUGAACCUCACAAACUUUGAGCUAAACCACCAUCCAUUUCACUCUUUUUUCUUCAAUUGUUGAGAGAUCAAGAUUUGUGUUGGUGAUUGUUGAAGUGGAUCUAAGUUUUGUUCAAGAAUUGGUAAUUUUCAUCCUCCUUUUCCAUCUACCAUAAUGUGAUUCUUUGUUGUUUGUGUUCAAUGCAUCUUUGAUGCUAUAUUGGUCCUAUUUGAUGGUGAUUUGAUGGAAAAUUCGUGCUCCAAUGGAUAUGUGAUCAUAAGGUGUUUGUAUGUUUGCCUAGAUCAAGUUUCAAAGUUCAUAAUGCUGUUUUUUUGAAAACUGUGCGCAGGAAAUCGAUUUCCACUCUAUUUUUUGCACCAGAUCUGAAUUCUGCAGGCAAGAAAUCGAUUUCCUACAGAGGUAAAUCGAUUUCCAGUGAGGCAGAAUGCUUGUUUUUACUAUUUUUGACUUGUUUUUGGUUCUAACUCUUCUUCUACUCCAUUCUUUUGAUAUUUUCUUUGAAUCACAAACUAGAGGCCUAAUUUCUCUCUAAUUUCAAUGGACUUAGGGCGUCGAUAGGAUGAGAAUCCAAAUCUGCAAAAUUAUGUGAUUGAAAUUAUGGAUGAAAGGAGCUUUUAAUGUGGUUCCAUCUUUUGUUUCUCUUUAUUUUGAUCGAUGAAUGUCUUAAUACUUUGAGAAUUCUUAUGGAUUCUUGGUAAAGACUAGGUCACUCACCAUUUUUCUUUUCGUGCGGUAUUGCUUUCGGAGAAUGAUCUACAUAUCAUUCCUCUCGCAUGCAUUAGCACAUAAAGUUUUGACCGGCCUCGUUGUAGGGUGAUUUCUACAUAAAUCACUUGGCGAUCUGCUUAACAUAGCGCAAUAUUUCGUGUCCCGAAUCAAAAAGAUCAAACAUGGAAGAGAAUUGUAUGCGGUUGAUUUAAGACUUAUGAAGGUUUAUCGUGUAGUCGCUAUGAUUUUAUCAAGCUUCUGAUAAAUGUUCAUUGAAUUUAAAUCCGAGUACAUCCUUCACUCACCAUCGAUCUUUAUUACUAACUUUGAUAACAUACUUGACAAGUUUCAAGAUGGUUAUCUUUAACAUUUAACAAUUGACUUUAAUUUUCGUACUUCUAUUAUAUUGCUCUUUAUAUUUCUCGCUUUAUCGCUUUAUUCUAUCAUUUCAUCAUAUUUACAUUCCGCUAUUUUUCCUUUGUCCAUUUGGACGUUUAUAUUCCGCUAUUUUCUCUUUGUCCAUUUGGACAUACGUUUAUGUUUCCGCUAUUUUCUCUUUGUCCACUUUGGCCAUACUUUAUUUUUAUGCUAAAACACUAAUAAUCAACCAAAAUCUAAAAAACACAUAAGGUUCUCUUUCGGACUAUUGGUUACUAUCCCGAGCAUUUUGGAGAUUUGGACUUAUGGACUUAGCGCCUCUGGACCCUUAUUAUGUUAAUUACUCUGUUGUUAUUCUGUCUGUCUGGCAUUGGAUUGUUGUCUGUUUAUGUGUGCAGGUAUUUCCUUGAAAGUCCUUGAUGGUUAAUUCCAAGGCAUUGAGAUAAGGAUUUUACCCGAAAACAGCCGUUACUCUGCCUGAUUUUCGCUAGAAUUUUAAUGUGCUUAAUGCAAAAUGGUGCUAAGAUAAUAAGUUCAUCUGGAUCCCCAAGUGAUAAUGUUGGUUUAGUAUUGAUAUUCCAAAUGAUGGGAAAUCUACCUUGACUCAUAAUGUCAAGUGUUGGCUUCUUCUUCGGUUAGACCGUUCUUUUCCUUAGCUUUUAUUUUACGCAAUAGGAUAGCCUCUUCAUCUCCUCCCAUUCUUAAAUUUUCAAAAUCUUCUCCCUUUUUCAAAAACCUUCUUAUGUUUGCAAUCUUUUCGAAACCUUUUUCUUAAAAAAUAUCUUUUGCCUUCAAUGGCCUUUUUCUUCAAAAAGUUUAGACACUAUUAAUUGUCGAAAUGAGUGGUUAUACCCCACGAUUUUGAAAUUGAUUGAUAUAAUGAGAUCUUUUCCGCGUGAGAGAGCUAGUGGCAUACUCGUUGAUUUUAUCCGAGUUGGAGCCCUUCUUUCAUUUGCGAUGCAAAGAACUCAUUUGUUCUCAUGCUCAAGAUCAAUGGCUGUGUAUUUCUCUCCGACGACGAUAAAGUGUUUAUUCGUUUUAAAAAACGUUUUUCCCUUUAAGCGGAACUACAUUAGCUCUGACUUCUCCAUUGCACCGAGGAGGUAUGUAGGCCCAAGGCUUAACGUCUUGACGAGCUUAUUUUAAAAAUAAAACAAACCCUUUUUUAGCACACACACAACACAGAUUUUCAAAAAGGUUUCUGUGGAGUACCACAGAUAUGAGGGGUGCUUUAAACCUUCCCCUCAUAUAAUCAACACCCGUACCUGAGAUCUCUUUCUUGUUUUAAAAACAAAACUUUGGGUUUUUCGUUCUUUUCCCUUUUCCUUUGAAAAAAUAAAGCGCGGUGGCGAUUUCAAAAGAAAUAUUGAUUCGAGUCAAUCCUAUGGCUUCGAUAUCAGAUUUUCCCCGCUACAGCUGGGACUCUGACUUUCCUCACGAGGUGGCUCAAACCUACAGAUCCCUUAGGCUUCUUUUUCUUCUUGGCCAUCAGGGCUUUCGGUUCCUCUUGCCCUUUUGCUAGCUCUAGAAUUGCUAACUGAACUUGGGCGCUCUGUGCCUCGAGAUUCUUGAUGCUUGCUUCGGAAUCCAUCCCUUCUAACUGAAAUAAACAGCGAGAAGAUGAGAAACCCGUUAUGUGAACCUGUUAUGAAAUGUUUAGGAAUGAGAUGCAUAUGCAAUGUUUUCAAGGAUCUUAGAAUUUAGAUUCGUUUAAACAAAAGAGAAACAAACGUUUAUUAGCCAAACAUUUUAUUUCUUUUCUCUUUUCCUGUUCUCUUUUUUCUUUUUUUUUCUUGCCUCUUUCGGGCUUACAAGAUAAAGCAAAUAAAAGAAAAUAAAAGAUUCUUCAAGCCUCCCAUGGAAGCUUUCUCUUUGCACCCAGGAACGUGUUGAUCUGCUGUUCUCCAUGGAGUUGUUUGGUGAGCUCCAACACUUUACUUUUAUAGUCCUGACAAUGUGCUUUGAAGGUGUCCCUUUCUUCUGUUAGUUUAACCCAAGAUUUCUGCAGUUCUUCCAGGUCAGUCGGCAUAUCCGGAUGUAGAAUAACUCGAGGUUCCUCCCCUUCGACUUCUGGCUCAAUGGUCACAGGUAGGAUAGCGGGAUAUGGCAUGAUGAACUUCUGAGCACGAGCACACACCCAUUUGAGGUAAGGCUCCAUGGGAAUAGAAUUCCAUUGUCCUAAAGACUUGCUUUCUACUUUGUAGACACUGUCCCAAACAUGUAUAAACCUUUGUCGAUAUCCUUGGGAAUCAUCUUCGUAAUUGAACAUAAUGCUGUGGAUGAUCAUGUCGUGAGGACCAUUUCUUCGUGCAUAUCCAAAUUGGCGCAAACCUUUGUAGGUGAUGCCUCCCCUAAUGCGAAGGAGCGGCACAUUAGGGUACUCCCUACAAUGGUCAAUAAGAGUGAUGUCUUCUUGAAAGAAGUUGUUCCACCGGAUAUCUGAAUGAGAUAAGGACAUAAUUCUGUGAGACCAUUGCAUCUUUUGCUCGUUUUUCAACACCGAUCGGGGAAGGUAAACCAUCUAGCCAGUAGUGGUACACAACACAUAAGAGUCCCUCGCUUUUUCAUGGUACGAGUGUAUAGAGAAUGUAGAAUGUCUCCCAGCAAAGUAGGUACCGGAUUGCGGGUUAAGAAAAUGUUGAUAGCGUGCACGCCUAUGAAUUGGUCGGGAUUAGGGAAUAACACCAACCCAUAUAUCAAAAGAGCCACGACUUCUUCAAAAGCUUGGUAAUUCGUAUCCUUCAGUAAUGAUCGAGCCUUUCCCAUUAAGAAUUGAUCUUGAAUAGGUAACCCAUUCAGUUCAUAGAAUUCCUCCAAGGUGGGUACUAACUGGUAAUCGGGAAAUGUAAAACAAUGAUGUUUGGGAUCAAAGAAAUGGAACAGGACCCGUAUCAUGUCUUCUUCAAAUUUUGAGGUAACCAAAUGGAGUAGGUGACCAUGCUUCUCGGUGAAUUGAGCAUUUCUGGGAAAUUCGGAUAUUAAUUCCUUAAGUUCAGAUGGUACUGUUGAGAUGUUGAUCCGGAUGUAAUUUCUGGUAGCAGGAGCCAUUACCUACAACAACAGAACAAAAGUAAACUCUUCGGUCCUUGAAAUGAUUAGUGAAAAAUGAUAUGCUUAUAAUGUCUAUGAUGUUAUGAAGGCUUAGGUUUAAAGGCUUGCACGAGGUUCAUAGGUGAUACCCUCCCCACUGAAGUUUAGUUUGUUUAAACAUGUCUUAGAAUGGUAUUCGGGUUCUAUGAUCCUUGGAGACAACAUCUCAAAACGGCACUCGGACGGCCGAUCAAAACAUUCCUCAAGGAUAACCAACUUCGAUCAAUUUCAAAGCCAGUCACUUAAUAGGUCACAAGUCAAGUUCAACUAAAGGUUCUAAGGCAAAUUAGUGCUUGAUGACAUUUCGGAAGCCUCACUUGUUGGAAGAAAAUGACUGGACUGAUUGGUGCCUUUCAGACUUUGAUGUGUUGAACCUUGAAUGUGAAUCAGUAGUCAAAUGGGACAUAGUCGUACGCUUUAUUCCCUAACUUUUGCCUAGGCCGCCUUUUCAGGUUUUCAGCCUACCGAGAUAAUUUGUAUAUAUUUUUUAGUCUCUAAUUUUUGCCUGGAUCGCCCUUUCAGGUUUUCAAUCCACCGAGACGCCUAUUUUUUGCCUAAGUCGCCCUCUCGGGUUUUCAACUUAGCGAUCUUUUAUUUCUUUAAGCGAAUUAACUUUUGACUAUGUCCGCAUUCACAGGGUGUGGGAAAUCCUCGCCAUCCAUAAUGGUAAGCAACAUGGCUCCGCCGGAGAAUACUUUCUUGAUUACAAAUGGUCCCUCAUAAGUGGGAGUCCACUUGCCCCUGGGAUCACCCUGUGGUAAGAUGAUACGUUUGACAACCAAAUCACCGGUUUGAUAUGCCUGACUUUUGACUUUUCUGUUGAAAGCUUUGAUCAUACAUUUCUGGUACAACUGACCAUGACAAAUAGCCGUAAGCCUCUUCUCAUCAAUCAAGUUUAUCUGGUCCAAUUGAGUCUGAAUCCAAUCGUCUUCGUCUAGAUCGGCUUCUUUCAUAAUCCUUAGGGAAGGAAUCUGAAUUUCAAUUGGAAGAACUGCCUCCAUACCAUAGACUAAGGAAAUGGAGUUGCCCCUGUUGAGGUACGUGUUGAAGUGCGAUAACCGUGAAGAGAAAAAGGUAACAUCUCAUGCCAGUCUUUGUAGGUUAUUGUCAUCUUCUGUAUGAUCUUCUUGAUGUUCUUGUUGGCAGCUUCCAUGGCACCAUUCAUCUUUGGUCGAUAUGGAGAGGAAUUAUGAUGUUUAAUCUUGAACUGCGUGCAGAGUUCAGUAAUCAUCCUGUUGUUUAAAUUGGUGCCAUUGUCGGUGAUGAUCCUUUCAGGGAUGCCAUACCGACAAAUGAGACUGUUCUUGAUAAACCGGGCCACAACAUUCUUGGUGACAGAAGCAAACGAGGCUGCCUCUACCCAUUUGGUGAAGUAAUCAAUAGUAACCAGGAUAAAACGAUGUCCGUUGGAAGCCGUAGGCUUGAUUUCUCCAAUCAUAUCGAUGCCCCACAUUACAAAAGGCCAUGGAGCCGUCAGAACGUUUAAUGGGACUAGAGGUAUAUGUACUUUGUUGGCGUAUAUUUGGCAUUUGUGACAAGUUCUAGAGUGAUGAUGGCAGUCUGUCUCCAUGGUAGACCAGUAGUAUCCUGCUCUCAAAAUCUUUUUAGCCAUUAUAUGUCCACUUGAAUGAGUACCAAAGGUACCGUCGUGUAUAUCUUCCAUAAUCUGUUCCGCUUCCUUCUUGUUCACACAACGAAGCAAAGUCGAGUCAUGAUUGCGUUUGUACAGGGUUCCAUUACUUAGAAAGAAUUUGGCAGCAAAUCUUCUUAGAAACUUUCUGUCAUUAAUGGAUGCCCCUUCAAGAUACUCCUGAGCUUCGAGAUAUCUUUUUACUUCAUGGAACCAUGGUUUUUCUUCCACUCCUUCGGUAUUGAUCUCGUUGCAAUAGGCUGGUUCAUCCUGUCUGUAAAUGGUGAUCAUAGGCGCCUCAUUGUCCCACCUGACUUUGAACAUAGAUUACAUUGUAGCUAAAGCAUCAGCCAGUUGAUUUUCUUCGCGCAGGAUAUGCUCAAAAGUGAUUUCUUCGAAGUAAGGAAUCAAACUCAGCACAUGUUCUUUGUAAGGAAUUAAAUUCGGGUGCUUUGUGUCCCAUUCUCCUUUAACUUGAUAAAUUACAAGGGCAGAGUCCUCGUAUACCUCUAGGAACUUGAUUCUCAGAUCGAUUGCAGCUCUGAGACCCAAAAUACAUGCUUCGUACUCGGCUAUAUUGUUAGUGCAGUCGAAGCAUAGUCUGGCAGUGAAUGGUGUAUGUCCUCCUGCGGGAGAAAUGAUUACAGCUCCGAUGCCAUUGCCAAGCGCAUUAGAGGCUCCAUCAAAAACCAUAGUCCAUCGGGACCCUGGCUCGGGUCCUUCCUCCGGUCCGGGUUGUUCGUAGUCAGUAACUAGCAUAAUAUCUUCAUCUGGGAAGUCAAAGUUCAACGCUUGAUAAUCAUCCACUGCUUGAUGAGCCAGAUGAUCAUCUACCACACUUCCUUUGAUCGCCUUUUGCGAAGUGUACUGGAUGUCAUAUUCUGUCAAGAUCAUUUGCCAUCUUGCUAUUCUUCCAGAGAGAGCAGAUUUUUCGAACACAUAUUUGAUAGGAUCCAUUUUGGAGAUCAACAAAGUGGUAUGGUUUAGCAUAUACUGUCUUAGUCGGCGAGCCGCCCAUGCCAAGGCACAACAAGUUUUCUGGAAGAAAUGAAUCCACAAUUUUUUAUCCGCCGUAUGAGGUUGUAUCUUUCUCACAUAGGACCUUAGAUGCAGCUGUGGGCAAGAUACUCCAUCAUACUUUGCAAAGAUAGGAACUUUGAACUUUGGAGGGAUAACAACCCCUGAGACGAGUCCAAGAUCGUUGAAGUCUAAACCAGGUAUUUUCUGUAUCUCCAUAGCUUUCAUGCGUUCUUCCAACUGCUAGUGAUUGUUAUCACCAUGUUCGUCUUCGGAAUGAUAAUCUUCUUCGUUAGAAGAGAGAGAGAGGGUUUGGCAGAACCCUGGUUGCUGUGAUUGUCUUCUUGAUCACCUUCACCGACUACUUCAGGGAUUGGCGCCAUUUUGGACCUCCUGGCUGGUGUCAUACCCCAAUUUUUGACCCUAAGAUCAUACAUCAAUUGCAUUCAAUCAUCAAUCAAAAGCACCAUUGUGAGGCUUUGUCUUUGAUACUGUGAUUAUCUCUGAGGGGAAUCAUUAAGCACUUUUAGAUUUUUAUUUGUUUAGUGCUAACCAAAAAUCAAAAAAAUAUGUGUUUUGUCUCUUUUGUUUAUAUUUUACAGGUGAAAGAUCGGGCAAAAGUCAAAACAGUGCAAGAAAACAAUUUUUGAAAAUUUGAAGGUGGAAAUCGAUUUACCCCUGUGGGAAAUCGAUUUCCUGUGCGCAAAAUUCAAAAAAAUAUAAGGAGGGAAGCUUGACAUCAUUUUGGCACCUUUUUAUUUGAUCAUUUUACCAAUUUUCCACCUCAUCAAAAUUAACUCCUUCAUUAAACCCCCUUAAAUAUCAUUUUACCAUUUAAAUCCCACUUUAAUUACCAAUUAACCACAAAUUAAUUACCAAACACAAAAAGACCAAUUUGCCAGUACUCUUGCUCCAAUUCUAUAAAUAGAGACCUCUACUCUCUCAUUUCUCAAGCUUUGAGAGCCAAAAAACCCCUUGCAAUUUCUCUCCUCAUCCCUACCAAAUUCACCAAAGCUCUUUAUUCUUUCAUAAAGUUUGUGAGUCACACCUUGAACCUCACAAACUUUGAGCUAAACCACCAUCCAUUUCACUCUUUUUUCUUCAAUUGUUGAGAGAUCAAGAUUUGUGUUGGUGAUUGUUGAAGUGGAUCUAAGUUUUGUUCAAGAAUUGGUAAUUUUCAUCCUCCUUUUCCAUCUACCAUAAUGUGAUUCUUUGUUGUUUGUGUUCAAUGCAUCUUUGAUGCUAUAUUGGUCCUAUUUGAUGGUGAUUUGAUGGAAAAUUCGUGCUCCAAUGGAUAUGUGAUCAUAAGGUGUUUGUAUGUUUGCCUAGAUCAAGUUUCAAAGUUCAUAAUGCUGUUUUUUUGAAAACUGUGCGCAGGAAAUCGAUUUCCACUCUAUUUUUUGCACCAGAUCUGAAUUCUGCAGGCAAGAAAUCGAUUUCCUACAGAGGUAAAUCGAUUUCCAGUGAGGCAGAAUGCUUGUUUUUACUAUUUUUGACUUGUUUUUGGUUCUAACUCUUCUUCUACUCCAUUCUUUUGAUAUUUUCUUUGAAUCACAAACUAGAGGCCUAAUUUCUCUCUAAUUUCAAUGGACUUAGGGCGUCGAUAGGAUGAGAAUCCAAAUCUGCAAAAUUAUGUGAUUGAAAUUAUGGAUGAAAGGAGCUUUUAAUGUGGUUCCAUCUUUUGUUUCUCUUUAUUUUGAUCGAUGAAUGUCUUAAUACUUUGAGAAUUCUUAUGGAUUCUUGGUAAAGACUAGGUCACUCACCAUUUUUCUUUUCGUGCGGUAUUGCUUUCGGAGAAUGAUCUACAUAUCAUUCCUCUCGCAUGCAUUAGCACAUAAAGUUUUGACCGGCCUCGUUGUAGGGUGAUUUCUACAUAAAUCACUUGGCGAUCUGCUUAACAUAGCGCAAUAUUUCGUGUCCCGAAUCAAAAAGAUCAAACAUGGAAGAGAAUUGUAUGCGGUUGAUUUAAGACUUAUGAAGGUUUAUCGUGUAGUCGCUAUGAUUUUAUCAAGCUUCUGAUAAAUGUUCAUUGAAUUUAAAUCCGAGUACAUCCUUCACUCACCAUCGAUCUUUAUUACUAACUUUGAUAACAUACUUGACAAGUUUCAAGAUGGUUAUCUUUAACAUUUAACAAUUGACUUUAAUUUUCGUACUUCUAUUAUAUUGCUCUUUAUAUUUCUCGCUUUAUCGCUUUAUUCUAUCAUUUCAUCAUAUUUACAUUCCGCUAUUUUUCCUUUGUCCAUUUGGACGUUUAUAUUCCGCUAUUUUCUCUUUGUCCAUUUGGACAUACGUUUAUGUUUCCGCUAUUUUCUCUUUGUCCACUUUGGCCAUACUUUAUUUUUAUGCUAAAACACUAAUAAUCAACCAAAAUCUAAAAAACACAUAAGGUUCUCUUUCGGACUAUUGGUUACUAUCCCGAGCAUUUUGGAGAUUUGGACUUAUGGACUUAGCGCCUCUGGACCCUUAUUAUGUUAAUUACUCUGUUGUUAUUCUGUCUGUCUGGCAUUGGAUUGUUGUCUGUUUAUGUGUGCAGGUAUUUCCUUGAAAGUCCUUGAUGGUUAAUUCCAAGGCAUUGAGAUAAGGAUUUUACCCGAAAACAGCCGUUACUCUGCCUGAUUUUCGCUAGAAUUUUAAUGUGCUUAAUGCAAAAUGGUGCUAAGAUAAUAAGUUCAUCUGGAUCCCCAAGUGAUAAUGUUGGUUUAGUAUUGAUAUUCCAAAUGAUGGGAAAUCUACCUUGACUCAUAAUGUCAAGUGUUGGCUUCUUCUUCGGUUAGACCGUUCUUUUCCUUAGCUUUUAUUUUACGCAAUAGGAUAGCCUCUUCAUCUCCUCCCAUUCUUAAAUUUUCAAAAUCUUCUCCCUUUUUCAAAAACCUUCUUAUGUUUGCAAUCUUUUCGAAACCUUUUUCUUAAAAAAUAUCUUUUGCCUUCAAUGGCCUUUUUCUUCAAAAAGUUUAGACACUAUUAAUUGUCGAAAUGAGUGGUUAUACCCCACGAUUUUGAAAUUGAUUGAUAUAAUGAGAUCUUUUCCGCGUGAGAGAGCUAGUGGCAUACUCGUUGAUUUUAUCCGAGUUGGAGCCCUUCUUUCAUUUGCGAUGCAAAGAACUCAUUUGUUCUCAUGCUCAAGAUCAAUGGCUGUGUAUUUCUCUCCGACGACGAUAAAGUGUUUAUUCGUUUUAAAAAACGUUUUUCCCUUUAAGCGGAACUACAUUAGCUCUGACUUCUCCAUUGCACCGAGGAGGUAUGUAGGCCCAAGGCUUAACGUCUUGACGAGCUUAUUUUAAAAAUAAAACAAACCCUUUUUUAGCACACACACAACACAGAUUUUCAAAAAGGUUUCUGUGGAGUACCACAGAUAUGAGGGGUGCUUUAAACCUUCCCCUCAUAUAAUCAACACCCGUACCUGAGAUCUCUUUCUUGUUUUAAAAACAAAACUUUGGGUUUUUCGUUCUUUUCCCUUUUCCUUUGAAAAAAUAAAGCGCGGUGGCGAUUUCAAAAGAAAUAUUGAUUCGAGUCAAUCCUAUGGCUUCGAUAUCAGAUUUUCCCCGCUACAGCUGGGACUCUGACUUUCCUCACGAGGUGGCUCAAACCUACAGAUCCCUUAGGCUUCUUUUUCUUCUUGGCCAUCAGGGCUUUCGGUUCCUCUUGCCCUUUUGCUAGCUCUAGAAUUGCUAACUGAACUUGGGCGCUCUGUGCCUCGAGAUUCUUGAUGCUUGCUUCGGAAUCCAUCCCUUCUAACUGAAAUAAACAGCGAGAAGAUGAGAAACCCGUUAUGUGAACCUGUUAUGAAAUGUUUAGGAAUGAGAUGCAUAUGCAAUGUUUUCAAGGAUCUUAGAAUUUAGAUUCGUUUAAACAAAAGAGAAACAAACGUUUAUUAGCCAAACAUUUUAUUUCUUUUCUCUUUUCCUGUUCUCUUUUUUCUUUUUUUUUCUUGCCUCUUUCGGGCUUACAAGAUAAAGCAAAUAAAAGAAAAUAAAAGAUUCUUCAAGCCUCCCAUGGAAGCUUUCUCUUUGCACCCAGGAACGUGUUGAUCUGCUGUUCUCCAUGGAGUUGUUUGGUGAGCUCCAACACUUUACUUUUAUAGUCCUGACAAUGUGCUUUGAAGGUGUCCCUUUCUUCUGUUAGUUUAACCCAAGAUUUCUGCAGUUCUUCCAGGUCAGUCGGCAUAUCCGGAUGUAGAAUAACUCGAGGUUCCUCCCCUUCGACUUCUGGCUCAAUGGUCACAGGUAGGAUAGCGGGAUAUGGCAUGAUGAACUUCUGAGCACGAGCACACACCCAUUUGAGGUAAGGCUCCAUGGGAAUAGAAUUCCAUUGUCCUAAAGACUUGCUUUCUACUUUGUAGACACUGUCCCAAACAUGUAUAAACCUUUGUCGAUAUCCUUGGGAAUCAUCUUCGUAAUUGAACAUAAUGCUGUGGAUGAUCAUGUCGUGAGGACCAUUUCUUCGUGCAUAUCCAAAUUGGCGCAAACCUUUGUAGGUGAUGCCUCCCCUAAUGCGAAGGAGCGGCACAUUAGGGUACUCCCUACAAUGGUCAAUAAGAGUGAUGUCUUCUUGAAAGAAGUUGUUCCACCGGAUAUCUGAAUGAGAUAAGGACAUAAUUCUGUGAGACCAUUGCAUCUUUUGCUCGUUUUUCAACACCGAUCGGGGAAGGUAAACCAUCUAGCCAGUAGUGGUACACAACACAUAAGAGUCCCUCGCUUUUUCAUGGUACGAGUGUAUAGAGAAUGUAGAAUGUCUCCCAGCAAAGUAGGUACCGGAUUGCGGGUUAAGAAAAUGUUGAUAGCGUGCACGCCUAUGAAUUGGUCGGGAUUAGGGAAUAACACCAACCCAUAUAUCAAAAGAGCCACGACUUCUUCAAAAGCUUGGUAAUUCGUAUCCUUCAGUAAUGAUCGAGCCUUUCCCAUUAAGAAUUGAUCUUGAAUAGGUAACCCAUUCAGUUCAUAGAAUUCCUCCAAGGUGGGUACUAACUGGUAAUCGGGAAAUGUAAAACAAUGAUGUUUGGGAUCAAAGAAAUGGAACAGGACCCGUAUCAUGUCUUCUUCAAAUUUUGAGGUAACCAAAUGGAGUAGGUGACCAUGCUUCUCGGUGAAUUGAGCAUUUCUGGGAAAUUCGGAUAUUAAUUCCUUAAGUUCAGAUGGUACUGUUGAGAUGUUGAUCCGGAUGUAAUUUCUGGUAGCAGGAGCCAUUACCUACAACAACAGAACAAAAGUAAACUCUUCGGUCCUUGAAAUGAUUAGUGAAAAAUGAUAUGCUUAUAAUGUCUAUGAUGUUAUGAAGGCUUAGGUUUAAAGGCUUGCACGAGGUUCAUAGGUGAUACCCUCCCCACUGAAGUUUAGUUUGUUUAAACAUGUCUUAGAAUGGUAUUCGGGUUCUAUGAUCCUUGGAGACAACAUCUCAAAACGGCACUCGGACGGCCGAUCAAAACAUUCCUCAAGGAUAACCAACUUCGAUCAAUUUCAAAGCCAGUCACUUAAUAGGUCACAAGUCAAGUUCAACUAAAGGUUCUAAGGCAAAUUAGUGCUUGAUGACAUUUCGGAAGCCUCACUUGUUGGAAGAAAAUGACUGGACUGAUUGGUGCCUUUCAGACUUUGAUGUGUUGAACCUUGAAUGUGAAUCAGUAGUCAAAUGGGACAUAGUCGUACGCUUUAUUCCCUAACUUUUGCCUAGGCCGCCUUUUCAGGUUUUCAGCCUACCGAGAUAAUUUGUAUAUAUUUUUUAGUCUCUAAUUUUUGCCUGGAUCGCCCUUUCAGGUUUUCAAUCCACCGAGACGCCUAUUUUUUGCCUAAGUCGCCCUCUCGGGUUUUCAACUUAGCGAUCUUUUAUUUCUUUAAGCGAAUUAACUUUUGACUAUGUCCGCAUUCACAGGGUGUGGGAAAUCCUCGCCAUCCAUAAUGGUAAGCAACAUGGCUCCGCCGGAGAAUACUUUCUUGAUUACAAAUGGUCCCUCAUAAGUGGGAGUCCACUUGCCCCUGGGAUCACCCUGUGGUAAGAUGAUACGUUUGACAACCAAAUCACCGGUUUGAUAUGCCUGACUUUUGACUUUUCUGUUGAAAGCUUUGAUCAUACAUUUCUGGUACAACUGACCAUGACAAAUAGCCGUAAGCCUCUUCUCAUCAAUCAAGUUUAUCUGGUCCAAUUGAGUCUGAAUCCAAUCGUCUUCGUCUAGAUCGGCUUCUUUCAUAAUCCUUAGGGAAGGAAUCUGAAUUUCAAUUGGAAGAACUGCCUCCAUACCAUAGACUAAGGAAAUGGAGUUGCCCCUGUUGAGGUACGUGUUGAAGUGCGAUAACCGUGAAGAGAAAAAGGUAACAUCUCAUGCCAGUCUUUGUAGGUUAUUGUCAUCUUCUGUAUGAUCUUCUUGAUGUUCUUGUUGGCAGCUUCCAUGGCACCAUUCAUCUUUGGUCGAUAUGGAGAGGAAUUAUGAUGUUUAAUCUUGAACUGCGUGCAGAGUUCAGUAAUCAUCCUGUUGUUUAAAUUGGUGCCAUUGUCGGUGAUGAUCCUUUCAGGGAUGCCAUACCGACAAAUGAGACUGUUCUUGAUAAACCGGGCCACAACAUUCUUGGUGACAGAAGCAAACGAGGCUGCCUCUACCCAUUUGGUGAAGUAAUCAAUAGUAACCAGGAUAAAACGAUGUCCGUUGGAAGCCGUAGGCUUGAUUUCUCCAAUCAUAUCGAUGCCCCACAUUACAAAAGGCCAUGGAGCCGUCAGAACGUUUAAUGGGACUAGAGGUAUAUGUACUUUGUUGGCGUAUAUUUGGCAUUUGUGACAAGUUCUAGAGUGAUGAUGGCAGUCUGUCUCCAUGGUAGACCAGUAGUAUCCUGCUCUCAAAAUCUUUUUAGCCAUUAUAUGUCCACUUGAAUGAGUACCAAAGGUACCGUCGUGUAUAUCUUCCAUAAUCUGUUCCGCUUCCUUCUUGUUCACACAACGAAGCAAAGUCGAGUCAUGAUUGCGUUUGUACAGGGUUCCAUUACUUAGAAAGAAUUUGGCAGCAAAUCUUCUUAGAAACUUUCUGUCAUUAAUGGAUGCCCCUUCAAGAUACUCCUGAGCUUCGAGAUAUCUUUUUACUUCAUGGAACCAUGGUUUUUCUUCCACUCCUUCGGUAUUGAUCUCGUUGCAAUAGGCUGGUUCAUCCUGUCUGUAAAUGGUGAUCAUAGGCGCCUCAUUGUCCCACCUGACUUUGAACAUAGAUUACAUUGUAGCUAAAGCAUCAGCCAGUUGAUUUUCUUCGCGCAGGAUAUGCUCAAAAGUGAUUUCUUCGAAGUAAGGAAUCAAACUCAGCACAUGUUCUUUGUAAGGAAUUAAAUUCGGGUGCUUUGUGUCCCAUUCUCCUUUAACUUGAUAAAUUACAAGGGCAGAGUCCUCGUAUACCUCUAGGAACUUGAUUCUCAGAUCGAUUGCAGCUCUGAGACCCAAAAUACAUGCUUCGUACUCGGCUAUAUUGUUAGUGCAGUCGAAGCAUAGUCUGGCAGUGAAUGGUGUAUGUCCUCCUGCGGGAGAAAUGAUUACAGCUCCGAUGCCAUUGCCAAGCGCAUUAGAGGCUCCAUCAAAAACCAUAGUCCAUCGGGACCCUGGCUCGGGUCCUUCCUCCGGUCCGGGUUGUUCGUAGUCAGUAACUAGCAUAAUAUCUUCAUCUGGGAAGUCAAAGUUCAACGCUUGAUAAUCAUCCACUGCUUGAUGAGCCAGAUGAUCAUCUACCACACUUCCUUUGAUCGCCUUUUGCGAAGUGUACUGGAUGUCAUAUUCUGUCAAGAUCAUUUGCCAUCUUGCUAUUCUUCCAGAGAGAGCAGAUUUUUCGAACACAUAUUUGAUAGGAUCCAUUUUGGAGAUCAACAAAGUGGUAUGGUUUAGCAUAUACUGUCUUAGUCGGCGAGCCGCCCAUGCCAAGGCACAACAAGUUUUCUCGAGCAGUGAGUAUCUUGUUUCACAAUCGGUAAACUUUUUGCUAAGAUAAUAAAUUGCAUGCUCUUUUCGGCCAGACUCGUCAUGUUGCCCCUGUACACACCCCAUUGAAUCUUCUAAUACUGUUAGGUACAUUAUCAGAGGUCUUCCUUCCACUGGUGGUAACAAGAUUGGUGGUUUUAGAAGAUAUUCUUUGAUCUUGUCAAAGGCUAAUUGGCAUUUGUCGUUCCAUCUUUCCACUUGAUCUUUCUUCAACAGUUUGAAGAUCGACACACAAGUAGUAGUCAUAUGGGAAAUAAAUCUGGCGAUGUAGUUCAAACGUCCCAAGAAUCCUCUGACUUGUUUCUCGGUACGGGGUAUGGGCAUUUCUUGAAUGGCUUUGACCUUGGCAGGAUCAACUUCAAUACCCUUGGUGCUGACAAUGAAACCUAACAGUUUACCAUAUCUCACCCCAAAGGUACACUUGUUCGGAUUCAGUCGCACUUGUACUUCUUGAGUCUGUCAAACAGCUUGUGCAGAUGACCCAGAUGUUCUUCUUCAUUGUUGGACUUUGCAAUCAUAUCAUCCACAUAGAUUUCUAUUUCCUGAUGAAUCAUAUCAUGGACCAGAGCUACCAUUGCACGCUGAUAUGUUGCUCCUGCAUUCUUUAAACCAAAGGGCAUCACCUUGUAACAAAAGGUUCCCCAGGGUGUUGUGAAGGUUGUCUUUUCCAUGUCUUUUGGAGCCAUCUUGAUCUAAUUGUAACUGGAGAAUCCGUCCAUAAAGGAAAAUACCUUGCAUUGUGCAGUAUUGUCAACCAGUACAUCGAUGUGAGGUAAAGGGAAAUCAUCCUUGGGGCUUGCCCGAUUUAGAUCUCUGUAGUCUACACACAUUCUGACUUUCCCGUCUUUUUUAGGUACAGGCAUGAUGUUAGCUAUCCAUGGAGGAUAACUCACAACUUUUAGAAAACCGGCAUUGAAUUGCUUCUCAACCUCAUCUUUGAUCUUCUUGGACAUGUCGGGCCCACUUCUCCGAAGCUUCUGCUUGACUGGAGUGCUACCUUCUUUGAUCGGCAGGUGAUGGACCACAAUAUCAGUGUUGAGACCAGGCAUAUCUUCAUAAGACCAAGAAAAUAUCUCGACGUAGUCUUGUAACAUUUGAAUCAGUCUUUGCUUGACACUGUCUUCUAAAUCAGCCCCUAUCUUGACUUUUUUCUUCUCUUCGUCACUGCCUAGGUUGAUAACCUCAAUUGGCUCUUCAUGCGGCUAUAUAGUCCUUUCUUCUUGUUCUAAGAGCCUUGCAAGUUCCCUAGGUACUUCGCAAUCUUCCUCACUUUCGUCCUCAGUUUGGUAGAUCGGAUUUUCAAAGUCAUGACUGGCAAUAGCAGAAUCGUUAUCAACAGGAUCCAGAGUGAAUGUGAAUCUGCAUUUAUUAUGUGGGUGUGUGUAAGAACACAUAGCUAUUUGAAAACGAAUAAAGUAAAAAAAAGAAACAAAAAGGAUCGCAAAAUAUGAAUAUGCAAACGUCCCAUGAUUUUAUUGAAUGAACAUAUGAUCAUGAUAUGACAAACCCUUAUCAAAAGGACCAGUGUGCCCCGGGCAAGGCACCUGGCUUUAAAGUUCAUGGUUCGAUAGUACAGGAACCAUUUUUAUUUUUUGAACAUAUAAACAACGAAAAUAGGAAAUUGCAUUUACUCCUGAUCAAAGGAGAUAACAUCUUCGACUUCCCAGUUGUUCAAUCCAUUGUUGUGAGUGGGGAAUAUCCAGUUGCCCCAGUUGCAGUUGUCUUCUUCGUCUUCCACAGUAUUGACUUCUUUGGUGACGAGACGGGCUAUUGAUCCUUCAGGAUGAGCAAGAUGCUCUAUUGGAGAUGAGAGCCCAGGCUGAGGUACCUCUGUUGGCUGAGAGAGAUACUCGAUAAGAUCUUCCCAUCCAGUUGGGAUGAUGUCUUUGAUAGAGAUUUGCGCACUCUGGGGAGCAGUGUACUUCACUAGAAAAUCAUACUUGCCACUUGGUUCUCCCAGUGUAUCCCAGAUUUCUUCAGGAGUGACGGGGCUUGUGAUUAUCUUAUCGUCUUCGGAAUGUUUAUCCCAUCCAUUUGGGACAAUGUCUUCAAUGGCGAUUUUUGAGCUCAAGGGAGCGGAAUACUUCACCAUAAAGUUAUACUUGCCACUUGGCUCUCCCAGCAUAUCCCAGACUUCUUUUGGAAUAGGUGGAAUAGGUGGACUUUGGCAUUGCUUAGCAACGGAACCUGUGAUACUUUUGCCAUCUUCGAACUGAUCAUCCCAUCCAGUUGGGACAAUGUCAUCAAUGGCAAUCAGAGAACUCUGAGGAGCAGUGUACUUUACUAGAAAGUCGUACUUGCCGCUCGGUUCUCCCAAAGUAUCCCAAACCUCUUUGGGAACGGGUGGAACUUCUUUUGGAUGUUGCUUAGUAAUAAGGUUUGAGAUCACUUUGUCGUCUUCGAUAGCAUUUACUCCUUGGCUGAUGAAAUGGGACAUUAAUCCUUCAGAACGAGGAUGUUGAUCAUUUUUCUGAGUUCCAUUAGCAUAGCCCAGACCUAGCUUAUCGAACUUGUAAGGCACAUCAAGGAGUUGUCCUAAUACUGUACAACCACCCUCUUCGAUCACAGCCUUAGCAUCUUUGAGAGAAGCCAUUGUUUGAGUUAUUCUUGUAGCAGGAGCAGCAAAGAUUGGUUUGGCAGUAGAGACAGCCGGAGGGACCACCUCAAAAGCUUGGCAGGGGGUCUCGAUGAGUUCACCAUCCAUCUCAACAUACUUGGAGUUACUUAGGUGGCUAACCACAUAUUCUUCUUCACCAUAAACCGUGACGACCUUGCCUUUUAUCGGAUAUUUUAACUUCUGAUGCAGGGUAGAAGUUACAGCGCUUGCCCCAUGUAUCCAAGGGCGUCCUAGUAAACAGGAGUACGCUGGAUGAAUGUCCAUCACGUAAAAGGUAGAAUCAAAGAUCUGAGUGCCCACUCUGAUUGGAAGCUUAACUUCUCCGUAUACUGUUCUUGUUGACCCGUCGAAGGCUCUUACCACAACAUCGCUUGGUUGUAACACAACUCCUUCGAAGUCAAGUUUCUCCAGUACUACUUUUGGUAACACAUUUAACGAGGAACCAUUGUCUACCAGCACAUGAGACAAAGUGGUGCCUUUACAUUCAACAGAGAUGUGCAGGGCUUUAUUGUGAUUUUUCCCGGCAAGGGUUAAAUCAGCAUCAGAGAAACCGAGACCGUUAUCCACUGUUAGACUGGCAACACAAUUUUCAAAUUGGUCGACUGAGAUCUCUUGUGGUACAUGUGCAACUUUCAAGAAUUUCAUCAGGGCCUUGGCAUGAGCUUUUGAAUACCUCAACAGAGAUAGCAUGGAAAUCUUUGAAGCAGUGUGCCCCAGUUGUUCAACAAUAUUGUAAUCACUUUUGCAGAUGAUUUUCAAAAUCUCCUCCAUUUCUUGCUUUGAAGGAUCUUCAACAGUGACUUCAACAGGUACUUGAACUGGUUCAAUUAAUGGCUCUUUGCCACGAGCAUUGACAGCUUGAUUAGGAACUGGGACCUGGACUGGAGUAGUAGUAACAUUUGGAGAAAUUUCCGGCGAAAAGACCCUUCCACUUCUUGUAAUCUUACUAGUCCCCACAAUAUUAUCAACAACUGGAUUAGUAACAUUCACGGCCUCAUCAGUCGAGGUGUCUUGUUUAACUCCAUGGACAUAAACAUUCGUGCCAUAGCUCCACGGAACAACUUUGUCUGAGGAAUAUGGAAAUGGAGCCGGAUUGGUGAUGAUUACAGAUGCUACUCUGGGUGCAGCAGUAAUUUUGACGGGUUUAUUUGCUGGAAUUUUCACAGGGAUUGUGGAAAUAACAGACAAAUCCUGGCAAUAGUUCUUCACAUGGGGAAUUCUUUCAAACAUUAUUGCAUGAUUGUUCAUCAGGCGCUGAAUGCCUUCCUUCAAUUUCGCACAACCGUUGGACUGCGAAGCACAAUGGUAACAAUUCUCAUUACAACCCGUUAAUAAACCGGAUUGUAGCAGCUUUGUUUUGAUAACUAAGAGGGAAGUAGUUAAAUUCAUCACAUCAGCAACAUGAGAAGCAUCAUCUACAGCAUUGAUGGCCUUGUUAUGCUUGGGCAUAGGAGCAGUAAUGACAUUUGGAAUCUCUGGAGGGUCGAAUUCAAUUUUCCCAGCAUCUAUCAUGUCUUGGAUCUUAUUUUUCAAGGCCCAACAGUGAUCUGCAUCAUGUCCAGGACUAAUGGAAUGGUAUGCACAUGUUGCGUCGGGGCGAUAACUAGGAGAGGAAGUGUUGACAUUCUUCGGAGGAUCCCUCAAUGUAAUCAGAUUUACUUUUAACAAGUGCUGCAAUGCUUGGGAGAGGAUGUCGCGGGGAAAAAUCAUUGUUUUGUGGGAUGAGACACCUGAUGCCUUCUUUGGGCUCGAGUGCUCAAGAAAAAGAUUUUUCUUUGUUUUUGUCACGACCAAACUUUUUAUUGUUUCCAAAGUAGGAAAAGGAAAAAAGCUGCAAUAACCUUAAAAGUGGGGGAGAGAUUCCGGGUAAGAGGGUUGGUUAUACGAAGGGAAGGUAUUAGCACCCAACGUAUCUAUAGUACUCUAUAGGCUUCUUUGUUAUGUUUUUCAUUCUAUGUUAUGGUGGAGGUUCUGUUAUGAAAUAGGUGGGAAACUAAGGUGUUUGUUUGAUUAUGCUCGCAAAGAUCAUCGCGAUCCUCUGCAUACAUAUCCCUUAGAGGGAAUCAGAGCAUCUGUAGCUCGAGGUCUACGGGUGCUAAGGUUUGAGUGGUUUGAGGGAGAAGUUUUGCUCGCCAAGGAUACGACCUUGUGCUUACGUAUUCUCAAAGGGAUGUUGAGAAAGUCAGAGCAAUCGUAGUUCCCACUUAUGCUAGUGGAAGCAAAGGAAAAGAGACAAAUGUCAUCUAAAUGUUCGAUGUAUCUAAUCUAUAUCAUCACAUACAUCUGUUUGUUUUUGUUUGAAAUCUUUUCAUUAUAAGCCCUGGGUUGUGCCACUUAUGGCGCUUAGAAUGAUAAAAAUGUUUUUUGUUUAGCCAGCCUUGUGGCAAAAACAAGUUUGAUUAGCCAGCCUUGUGGCAAAAACUUUCAAUGAAGUCAGCCUUGUGACAAAAAGUUUUGAUUAAUCAGCCAGCCUUGUGGCAAAAGUUUCGACGAAGCCAGCCUUGUGGCAAAAACUUUGAUUAAUCAGCCAGCCUGGUGGCAAAAGGUUUGAUUGAUUAGCCAGCCUUGUGGCAAAAAAAAGUUUGAUUGAUUGAUUGUUUGUGAUGAUAUAGAUGAGAUACUCCUAUCAUAGAGAUGAUAAAUGUCUAAUCUCCUAGGGGUAUUUGUUUUGGAUAUUGGGGAUGCUUAUAAGAAGCCCGUGGGUCCUUGUACGAAGCCCAAGAGGAGGCUAUCCGAGGGUCCUUGCAUUGUAAGCCCAAGAGGAGGCUACGGGAGGGACAAGUCGUUUGUACGAAGCCCAAGAGGAGGCGUGGUAUAGUUGGUUUGAGCUCUUAGAGCGAUUUCACCGGGAAACCAUACUCUAUGUCCUAACCUAAACUAAGGGAGAUUCUUUGCACGAAGCCCAAUAGGAGGCUAUGGGGAACCUAGUGUUGUACUAAGUUGAACAAGUAUAUAUAACACGAUCACAAAUAUGAACAAGUACGAACAAAUAUGAACAAGUACAUGAACAAAUAUGAACAAGUAUGAACAGUUAUAUAUAACAAGGUGUGUGUAUACAAUGGAGUUUAUGAAGGAAAUAUACCUGUAAGGAUGAUCCGUUUGUAUACACGGGGCUCGGGACUUAUACUCGGGGAGAGGCCCAUUGAGUUUAUUCAUGGCUAUGUAACAAGUAUUUACAAAAGGGCUUGGGACUUAUACCUACAUGGAGGCCCAUAGUAUUUUUGGAAAGAUUUAAAGAAAACCUUCAUUUUUGAUUUGUUAUUCGAGGUUAAAAAUCAAAUUGAUCGAGGUAUGUACAAAAAGGUGUAUGUACAAUGAAAUACCUAAUUUCAUGUAAGGGAAUGGGACUUAUACCUAUGUGGAGGCCCAUGUUUUAUUUUAUAAAACAUGGUUGAUUGUUUUGUUAAAAAACGCGAGGUUUCGUCGUUUGAAAAGCUGUUUGAAAGUUUUGUUUUGAAAGAAGUUUUCUUUUCAAAGAAAAACUGUACAAAGAAAAAGGAAUGGGACUUAUACUCUCUAAUAUUCGAGAGGCCCAUGUUUUAUUUUAUAAAACAUGGUUGAUUGUUUUAUUAACAGACGCAAGGUUUCGUCGUUUUGAAAACAGUUUGAAAGUUUUAUUUUGAAAGAAGUUUUCUGUUUAAAGAAAAACUGUACAAAGAAAAAGGAAUGGGACUUAUACUCUCUAAUAUUCGAGAGGCCCAGUUGUUUUGAAAAUCAAUUGAUCAAUCCAAAAAGAUUUGAUCAAGAGUUUUUUUGAAAAGAAAACCAAAAAGAAAUGGUUUAUUGUUUUGAAAAACUUUGAUCGUUUGCUUUAAAACAGUUUGAAUUUUGACAAAAGUCAACUUAAUUAAGAUAAAAAACAAAUUCCAUGCUUAAUUAAGACCUAAAAGAUUAGGGUUUGAUCACAAAAAUAAUUACAAGUGAUUAAGUUUAAAAAUCAAAUGAAAAACAAUAUUUAAAAAACACUUAAAAACAUGUCAUUUUAAACUUAAUAAAAAUAUACCAAAUAAUAUAUAUUUUUGUGAUUUUUUUUUGAAUAUUCAUAAAAUAUAUGUGUUAAAUAAGAAGUGUACAAAAAAUGAAAUAAAAAUGAUUAAUUUUGAUUGGUUAAAUAAUUAAUUGAAGUUUUAAAGAAAAAUGAAGAAAAUAUGUGUUAAAAAAAAGGUUUUGUCUCCACAAGGGUUUGAACCCACGCCUUCACUCUCACUAACCAAAACACUUACCAACUGAGCUGCGCGCGCAGCUUGUUAUAUGUAUGCUUUCAAUUGAUUAUAUUUAAAAACAAGCUUUUGAAUUUUCUGAAUCAAAAAUGGCGCCAAGAACACACCUUCAACUGAAAUUUGAAAAUCUUCAAAACUGUGUUGUUUUGAUCAAGUAAAGGGUCUAUCUCACUCGGUUUUGCACGAGGAACAUGAUGGUGAUCUCACAAUUCAUUUAUUUUUGCUCUAAGGUGGUUAAUUUUUGCAUGAACAUGAAGAACCCUAGAAGUGAAAUUCAAUGUGAAAUCGUGUGUAUGCAAGUUAUGAUGCAAUUGAUUGAGGGUUAAUGAUCCUCAUAGGUGCAGAAACAAGAUGGUAUAUCAAUCUUUGGUUUAUGAUGCAUGUAUGUAUGAGUUUGAAGUUCAUGAGGCUUACCUUCAAAAACGGCAAAACUGGAGAUUGAAUUCUUCAAUAGAGGUGUUACAGAUGCUUUGUAAUGAUCUGGAUAGCUUCAAUGAUGAUUAUGGAACAUGUCUGGAUGCUUGGAGUGAACUGAAUUCAUCUGAACAAAGCCAUGGGACCCGAUCUGCAGUUGCUUGGAGUGAGGAUCGAAUUUGAUGAGGGAGGUGUUUCAGAUCAUGAAUGAUGGUUGGGAUAGCUCACAUAUGGUAUAUGGAAUGUGUUUGGAUGAUUAGCUUGGACAGAAUUGGCCUGGAAUUGAUUUUGGCAUGAUAAGGCUAAUGUUAUGCAUAUUUGGAGGUUGAAGAGUGAUUCUGAGAUUUGAGGUGUUUUGGGGUGUGUGAAUGGAUCAAGCACAUCCCAUAUGAUGUUUAUGAGUUGUGGGAAGCAUUACUUUGGCCAGAACUUCAAGGGUUUGGAGGUUGAAGUUUCUACCCCUUUGAAACUCAUGAAACUUGCAACUUAAGAAAGAAGAGAGAAAACCUAUGAUUAUGAGGUUUUGGUGUGAUUUUGAAUGAAGUUUGGACCUCUAUUUAUAGGCCAAGGAUUCUGAAUGCAGAGCUUUGCAAGUUGAUCAAAGAAUGGUGAUUUGGCAUUUGGAGAUAAAAUGGAAUCUUUACAUUAAAUGCAAAUGGUUAAAAGUGACUUAACCAUGGUUAAUCUUCCAAGCUUCUUAUCCUCUUCCAUUCUGAUCUUCAAAUCAGAAAAUAUCUCUCAAUUAUUGCAUUGAUGCAUCAUUACUUGCAUUAUAGGUCAUGUAGUGUUGAAACUUAGUGAAAAUGGUUUGAAAUUUCAAGUGAAAAUGAUCACUAAAUGCAUAAUUCAAAGCCAUAGCUAUGCUCCAUAUUUUUUCAUGCUCUUGGACAUUUUGGAAAGCUCAUGUUAUGUACUUCAAAACCCUAGUUGAAAGUUUCUUCAAGACCUUUAAGGAAAUGGGUGAAAAAGAUCCAUGAACUUUGAAGAAAGUGAGAUUUUAAGUGAAAUUUUCAAAAGAUACCAACUUUGAAGCUCCAUAUCUCUUAAAUGGUUGAUCUUUUGAAAAAUCAUUUUAUGUGACAAAGUUGUUCAUUGGAUCAAAAUCUACAACUUUCAUAUUGGAUGUUUUUUUUAGUUUGUAGGUGAAAUUUUGAGUUAUUCCCUUCCAAUGGUGCUCUUGUACAGUUGACUUUUUCAGACGAAUCGCGUUUCUGGAGAUUUCAAAUGAACCAAGCUAUCCUCACCAAAUGAAUGGUAUGAAUGGAUCAUGUUGAGUUAUUGGAGGACCUUGAUCCAUAGUUUAAGUUGUGGCACCAUGUUCUGAUUAAAAAGUCAGUUGUUCAGGUGAAUUAUGUCAAAAACCCUAAUUGUCGACCUGAUGAGAUUGAUGACUGUGGAUCUUGAAUUGAGAUACAAUUUCCAUUGGAUAUUGUCAUAGGGAUUAUUUGAAGAUGAUUGAAACCUUUGAAUGAUUCCCUGGAGCUUUUUAGGGUUUCCCAAAUGUGAUCCCUGAUUUCAGUCCCUGAUAGUUCAAAACCCUAAUGUGAUGAUUUGAAAUUUCACUGUUGAUCAAUCCUUGUGUAGGAGAUGUCUUGAGCCAAUAGAUUAGGCCAAAAUUAUGUACUUGGGGUCUUGAGGUCAUGUCCCAAGUCAUUAGGUCAAAUCCUGAGCAAAAGUCAGGGGUAUGCUAUCUUUAGUCAAAACCCUAAUCUGGUUGAUUCAAAGUCUCUGAGCUUGUUGAAAUGAAUCUUUGAGGACCAAAUGUUGAUUGUUGAUGAAGAUGGUUCAUUUGAGAUGAAGGGAGAACAAAACCCUAAUUGGUUGUUGCUUGUACUGAUGAGUGACUUCUUGUUUAAAUCCUGCUGAGUCACAAGUAACAAACACAAGCUAUGCAAUUUGUUAGAGAUGCAAAUGAUGCAUAUGCAGAUGAUAUGAGGUGGUAUCUUAGGUCAAAAAUUGGGGUAUGACAGAUGCCCCUAUUUAAGUUUCUUCAACCUGAGACAUGAAGAUUGAAAAUCUUCGUUUCGAUAGGGUGGAAGAGACUUAAAUAUCAGAAGACGCGAAUUUUGGACCUAAGAUACCAAAAUUGCGAAUGAUGCAAGGAUAUCUUUACCGAGGGGAUAUCAAGAACUGACUCCACUGGGGACAAGAGAUCGGGAAGGAUGUCUCAAUCCGUUUUAGGAAGAGAAUCCGUUUUUUUCUUUUCGGGAAAGCAAGUGUAUGCUUCACCGGGGAAUGAUAGCUUUGUAAGAAAAGCUUACCUAUCGACAUUACCGACUAUCAGCACAGGGAUAAACUUGUUAAUAAUGCGAAGGUGAAAGGUAUGAAACUGUAUUACCGACUAUCAGCAUGGUGAUAGACUUGACAUGGUAAAAAGAGUUUCAAAAGUUCGGUUAAUAUUACCGACUAUCAGCAUGGUGAUAGACAUGUUUAAUAAUAUAACCAGAACAAAAAGGUUACCAACUACCAGCCUCGUGAUAGCGAUUCUGAAGACAAGAUCAAUUAUCAGCCGAGUGAUAAAAUGAUUCUAGAGACUUUGCUAGGGAAAUUACUGGUUAUUCAGCCUUGUGAACAGUAAUAAGGCCUUGAUUGUCAAAUGGUCUUCAUGAUUGAUUUCCUUGAGAGGAAAAAGUCUUUUGGAAGAGACAUAAGCUGCUCAGAUGACGAGGCUAUUUGCUUAUUGUCUAUUUUUUUCACGACUCUGUUUUGGGAAUCGGAAUUUGAAACUCUUGGUAAAGACAGGGUUCUAUCCAAGAAUGAUUUGGAAAGAAACGGUCAAAUAAGACUUUGUACCCAAUGAGGAAUGAACUCGAAUGAAUAUUUUCUCCUUUGUUUUGAGAGGAGAAACUGAAGCAACCUUCUUCCACGAGGAAUGAUCUCAGUGGGGAACUGGAGAAAGAAGAUGUUCUUUUUGCUUAUGGGUGACAACCUUUUGGAGAGAUGACACGCCCAUACUUGUUUCUUUUCCUUUUUUUUUUCUUUUUCUUUUGAGGAUAGAUAUAUCCUAAACAAGUGAUUUUAAAGCAGACAUUGAAAAAUGCAAGAAUGCAUAAAUGACGCAAAUAUGUAUGAAUGAUGAAUGUUAUGAAUGUUGCGUGCAUGUUGACGAUACUGACAAACAAAGAAGUAUGCACUGGAGAAGGACCGACGUCGCAAUACAACCAGAUACUUGGCAAAUAUUCUUCAACACGGUGUAGAUAACACGGGUGAUGAAUGGUGUUGCAUGCUUUCAACUUCUUUGGGGAAGACAAGCAUCUUUCUUAUUGGGAUGGAAGAACUUCUUCAUUGGAGAUGAAAGAUCUUCUUCACUGGGGAUAAAAGAGCUUCCCUGCCGCAAGGGGCGAUUGGCUUAAGAAUUCUUUCCUGGGAUAAGAAUACCAUUGUCUCAUCAUCUCUUUUGAGGAAAAGAACAGUUCUGAAGGAUAAUCUUUGGUUCAUCCUAUGGAGAUAGUUGUUGAUGUUCCUUCUGUUGUUCUCAACUCAAAGGAAAGUUUCGCUUUUAUUUUGAAAAAGAAAAGUAAAUUCAUUUAAAACUUAUUUUUUCUUUUUCUUUCAAAAGUGAAUAACACAAUUAAAGCGUCAUUUUGCAAGCUAGAAGAAAUCAAGAAUUGCAAACAAAUCGGCACAAGGCUCAAAUUUAUUUAAUAGGAUGGUAACCAGCUAAAGGCGUGAUUCCAUAGAGUAUUUACAAAAGUUGGAAAUGGUAAAUAUGCGGAAAAGGCUACAUUGAAAGCAAUAACCACUAUUCUCCCUAACAACUUUGAGUUCCAACUGUGCUUGUUGCUUCAGAUUGGCGAUGAUUUGAUUGUAGAUCCUUUGAUGAAAAAGACUCCUCAGGUGACGAAGUACGGAAUGAUGCAGUUACUUUGUCAUGAAUCCCUAAUUUUUGCCUAGAUUGCCCUUUCAGGUUUUCACUCUACCAGGAUUAAUUUUUCUGUUUAUUGUCUCUAAUUUUUGCCUGGACCGCCCUUUCGGGUUUUCAGUCCACCGAGACGCUCAUUUUUGCCUAAGUCGCCCUUUGCGGGUUUUUGACUUACCGAGCUGUUCUUUUGUCCUUUUUUAGACAAAGUAUUUCUUGACUGCAUCAGCGUUCACAUGAUGUGGGAGUUCAUCACCAUCCAUGGUUGCAAGAGUCAUGGCGCCGCCAGAAAAUGUUCUUUUGACAACAUACGGGCCUUCGUAAUUAGGAGACCAUUUGCCCCUAGAAUCUGGUUGAAAAGACAAGAUCUUUUUAAGCACGAGGUCGCCUUCUUGAAAUUCACGAGGUCGAACCUUUUUGUUGAAGGCUUGUUUCAUCCUUGCUUGGUAUAACUGUCCAUGGCAUAGAGCAGUCAUACGUUUUUCUUCGAUUAAGUUCAACUGAUCGUAUCUGCUUUGACACCAUUCAGCCUCUGAUAACUUAGUCUCCAUGAGGACUCUCAUUGAUGGGAUUUCAACUUCUACGGGGAGCACAGCUUCCAUGCCGUAUACUAGAGAGAAAGGGGUUGCCCCUGUUGAAGUACACACUGAAGUACGGUACCCAUGUAAAGCAAAUGGCAACAUUUCGUGCCAGUCUUUGUAAGUGACGACCAUUUUCUGGACGAUCUUCUUAAUGUUCUUGUUAGCAGCUUCAACAGCGCCGUUCAUUUUUGGUCUGUAAGGAGAAGAGUUAUGAUGCUCAAUCUUGAAUUCCUCACAUAAUUCUUUCAUCAUCUUGUUGUUCAAGUUUGAACCAUUGUCAGUAAUGAUCUUGCUGGGAACACCAUAUCGGCAAAUGAGGUUGUUCUUGAUAAACCUCACAACCACUUGUCUUGUAACAUUGGAGUAAGAUGCUGCUUCGACCCAUUUGGUGAAGUAAUCAAUUGCCACUAAGAUGAAACGAUGACCGUUUGAAGCUUUCGGUUCGAUCAUUCCAAUCAUGUCGAUACCCCACAUGGAAAAAGGCCAUGGAGAUGAGAGAACAUUGAGUAGAGUCGGUGGCACAUGGAUCUUAUCUGCGUAGAUCUGGCACUUGUGACAUCUCUUCACGUGUUUAUAACAGUCAGAUUCCAUUGUCAACCAAUAGUAUCCUGCUCUUAAGAUCUUCUUGGACAUUGCAUGCCCAUUUGAAUGAGUUCCAAAGGACCCUUCAUGCACUUCAUGCAUUAACAUGUCUGCUUCGUGUCUGUCCACGCAUCUGAGCAAAACCAUGUCGAAGUUUCUUUUGUAUAGCACAUCUCCGUUCAGGAAGAAACUACCAGAAAGCCUCCUUAGAGUUUUCUUAUCUUUGUUUGAUGCCCCAAGCGGGUACUCUUGAGUUUGAAGGAAGCGCUUGAUGUCGUGGAACCACGGUUUAUCAUCGAUGACUGCUUCAGUUGCAAACACAUAGGCAGGCCUUUCAAGGCGCAUGAUUCUGACUUUGGGCAUAUCGUUCCAAUGACUGACUUUGAACAUGGAAGAUAGAGUAGCCAAGGCGUCUCCCAUUCGAUUCUGAUCUCGAGGUAUAUGAUGCAAUUCAACCUUGUUGAAGAAAGUCAACAGACGUCUUGCAUAAUCUCUGUAAGGAAUCAAGCCAGGGUGGUAAGUUUCCCAUUUGUCUUUGAUUUGGUUGAUCACGAGGGCUGAAUCUCCAUAUAUGUCUAGGAUCUUGAUCCUUAAGUCAAUGGCUUCUUCGAGACCCAUGAUACAAGCUUCAUAUUCUGCGAUGUUGUUGGUGCAAUCAAAUAGUAAUCUGGCAGAGAAUGGGAUAUGAGUACCCUUGGGAGUAAUGAUGAUUGCCCCAAUUCCAUUGCCAAAAGCGUUUACUGCUCCAUCAAAAAUUAGGCCCCAUCUUGAUCCAGGAUCAGGACCUUCUUCAGGUAACGGUUCGUCACAAUCUUUCAUCUUCAAGUACAUAACAUCUUUGUCAGGAAAGUCAAACUUGAGAGAUUGAUAUUCAUUAAUUGGUUGAUGCGCCAAGUGAUCGGCGAGAAUGCUUCCUUUGACCGCUUUUUGAGCACGGUACUCAAUGUCAUACUCAGAUAACAGCAUUUGCCAUCGGGCAAUCCUUCCUGUUAAGGCAGGCUUUUCAAAGAUAUACUUGAUUGGAUCCAUUUUGGAGAUUAACCAAGUAGUAUUGUUGAUCAUGUAUUGGCGGAGACGUUUUGAAGCCCAAGCCAAAGCACAACAUGUUUUUUCGAGCAUGGAGUAACGAGACUCACAAUCUGUGAAUUUCUUACUCAGGUAAUAGAUGGCAUGCUCCUUCUUACCGGUUUCAUCUUGCUGUCCAAGCAUACAACCCAUGGAUUCUUCCAACACGGUAAGGUACAUGAUUAAUGGUCUUCCUUCAACUGGAGGAAUUAAUAUUGGUGGUUCUAAGAGGUACUCUUUGAUACUGUCGAACGCUUUCUGGCAAUCUUCAGUCCAUACAACCCCUUGAUCUUUGCGGAGAAGCUUGAAAAUUGGCCCACAAGUAGCAGCCAUUUGAGAGAUAAAUUUGGAGAUAUAGUUUAAUCGUCCGAGAAAUCCUCUUACUUGCUUUUCAGUUUUUGGUGCAGGCAUCUCUUGAAUAGCUCUGACUUUGUCGGGAUCUACUUCAAUACCUCUUUGGCUGACAAUGAAACCCAAGAGUUUUCCAGAUCUAACCCCAAAAGUACAUUUGUUAGGAUUCAAGCGAAGCUGAUAUUUCCUUAGUCGUUGAAACAACUUCAAAAGGUAUUCAAGAUGUUCUUGCUCUGUGCUGGACUUGGCUAUCAUAUCGUCCACAUAAACUUCAAUUUCUUUAUGCAUCAUGUCAGGAAAGAGAGUAGUCAUUUCCCUUUGGUAAGUUGUGCCUGCAUUCUUUAAUCCAAACGGCAUCACUUUGUAGCAAAAGGUACCCCAUGGGGUGAUGAAAGAUGUCUUCUCCAUGUCUUCGGGAGCCAUCUUGAUCUGAUUAUAACCAGAGAACCCGUCCAUGAAGGAAAAGACGUUGAACUUAGCGAUGUUAUCAACCAGCAUGUCAAUAUGUGGUAAUGGAAAGUCAUCUUUUGGACUGGCCUUGUUCAAGUCACGGUAGUCAACACACAUUCUGACUUUGCCAUCUUUCUUCGGAACUGGCACUAUGUUGGCCAACCAUUGAGGAUACUCGGAGGUGACAAGAAAACCUGCGUCGAGUUGCUUUUGAACUUCUCUUUUGAUCUUGUUAUCCAUAUCAGGGUGAGUCCUUCGCAAUUUCUGCUUAACUGGCGGACAUUCCGGCUUCAAUGGCAAGUAAUGCUGAACAAUAUUGGUAUCCAACCCAGGCAUGUCUUGGUAGGACCAGGCAAACACGUCAACAUAUUCUUUGAGAAGGUCUGUCAACUUACUCUUGAUAUCAGCAUCAAGCAGCGAUCCAAUGGUCACUUCUUUUUUGUCUUCUUCAGAACCCAAAUUGAUCUUUUCUAGAGGCUCUUUGUGAGGCAAAAUGGUUCUUUCCUCGUGCUUAAGUAAUCGGGAGAUCUCGUCUGGGAUCUCUUCUUCUUCCUCUUCUUCGGCUUCGAACACAGGAAACUCAAAGUUGGGAGAGGGCAUAGGGUUAUUGCAUUCAAUGGGUUUAUCAAUAGUUAAUCUGCACAUAUGAUUUAUAUUUAUUUCAGAAAAUUUAUGAAUGCAAGAGUGUAUGCAGAUUAUUGAAAAAGUUUUUUUUUUGGUUUUUUAGGAUUACCAUUUCAAGAAAAAAGCAAAAAAAUAAAACACAUAGUGUAGGGAUUUCAAAAUGACACUUUAUUUAUGAUUCAUUUUUUAAACAAAGCCCUAAACACAAACUCAUUUGUCUUGGGCAGGACAAAGAGGGAAACUUUUAAAAACAAAGCCCUAUACACAAACUUAUUUGGGCAAAACACUUAAAAGCAAAGCCCUAUAAAACAUCUCUCUGCUUUGGGCCAGGCAGGAGGUCAAAAUAACAGCGAGGUGAUUACUUCGAGCGGCGAACAACAUUCGGAACGUCGACAGCUUUCCAGUAGCAACGAACUCCUCUGUGUAUUAUGUAUUCAGGAAAAUUUUCCUCAUAAUUAUCUUCAGUAUUGACAUUGACCGCUGGUCGAGCAGGAUUUGAAGGUCCUGGUUUGUCAACCUUGUUCUUUGUAGAGUUGAAACGGUCUUCUUCUACUUCUUCAAGAGCAUAAGAUGAGUCACAAUCUUCAGAAUUUUCAGGAUGUAAUUCCCAGUCCUCAAGAUGAAGAGACUCAUUGUCAGAGACACUUUCCGAGUCAACUGCGGGGCCAUCUUCCCCUUCAUCUUCAAAAAUGGCAUUUAUGUGAUAAUAACCAUCUUCAGGAUUAUAAAUCUUGGUAGAUGCGUUGAAGCCGAAAUCUUCAGUAAUUUCAGGCUGCUGAGAAAAUUGAGAGGGCUGAUAAGCCUCUUCUGGUUGACUAUUAUAUUCAAAGGGAUCUCCCUAUCCAGUUGGUUGGAUGUCCUCAAUUGAAAUCUUUGAACUUUCAGGUGCAGUAUAUUUCACCAUAUAAUCAUAUUUGCCACUUGGUUGUCCCAAGGUGUCCCAGACCUCUGCAGGGAUAAGCGGAGUUUCAUUAGCACUUAUUUUGACUUUGCCUCUGGGUUUCUCUGAAGGAGAAUAGAACGGUGCAUAUGGUUCUUCCUGAGAUAUGUAUCCUGAGUCAUUGAGAUAACAUUUCCAUUCUUCUUCAGGAUCGGGCAGACCUUCUUCGAUACAUUCUUCAAUAAGGACAUUAACCUCUUGAGGAACCGGGUUAAGGAACCCUCCACUAAUGAAUGUUUCUUUGAUCGGACGAAGGGUUUCAUCCUUCUUGGUGCAGUUUGAGAACGUUGGCAAACAUCCGAGUCUUGCUCUGGUUUCAUUCUUGGUAGGGAUCCACCACUUGCCCCCAGCCAGUGGUAGUUCCAUCUUUCACUACUUUUACUGCCUCUUUGUAAGAAGAGAUUGAUGCUUUCUUUUUGGAAGAUUCGUCUUCUAAAGAGAGACCUUGGAACUGCGUUCCUUCCACAUUAUCAGCACUUAUGAAAGAGAAAUUGGAUAAAUGGCUCACCAUCAAGGCUUGUUCCCCACUUAUUGUUACCAAUUUUCCAUUUGUUACAAAUUUUAACUUUUGAUGGAGCGUAGAAGUUACUGCCCCUGCUUCAUGGAUCCAUGGUCAUCCUAACAAACAGCUAUAAGCAACUUGAAUGUCCAUGACCUGGAAGGUGAUUUGAAAUGUAUGUGGACCAAUUGUCAUGGGAAGGUUGACUUCGCCGAUAACAGAUUUUCGCGAUCCAUCAAAUGCUUUGACUACCACACCACUGAACUUCAUAGGCAUUCCUUGGUAGGACAAGCGAGCAAGAGUCAUCUUCGGCAUCACAUUCAAGAAAGAUCCGGUGUCUACCAGUACAUUAGACAAAGAGUCUGACUGACAGUUCAUAGAAAUGUGCAGAGCAAGAUUGUGAGUUCUGCCUUCCUCGAGAAGUUCUUCAUCACAGAAGCUUAAAUUGUUGCUGUUAGAACAAGAAUUGUUCUGAUCAAUAAUCUUAGUUUUGAUGAUAACAAUAUAUAUGAAUUUUGCUCAAGAUAAUGUGGUACUCUAAUCCUAUGCAAUUUCCUUUUCAGGAAAUAUAUAAAGAGUAUGCACAAAUCAGCGCUAAGAAGCUUUGACUCAGAAGGUUCAGUAUGCAACUUCAGCACAUGGUCUGGCAAGACAUCAGAAGAUGGUCAAGCAGAAUCAGAACAUGGUCUAUAGAAGCAUCAAAAGAACUUGAGUUCAGAAGCGGAAGCACUGAAGUCAUGGAAUCACGCUCAGAAGCAUAUCAAGAUCAAAGGAUCAGAAGAUGCUCUGCACCAAGCUGUUUGUACUCUGAUGAUUUUCAACGAAGUAUUUACAAAGAACAAAUCAGAAUCAAGUACUAGAUGGCAGGCUACGCUGACUGACAAAAGGAACGUUAGAAGCUAUAUUAGGCACACAUCACAUGCUCAAAGCUUUCACAUAACACACACCAAGAAGCAUGUGACAAAACCUAAGAAAUAUCAUGGAACUCAGAACAUAAACUAUCAUUCUGUUCCUCCUAUUUCAUAUAAUGCUAAAUCCAAGUUAAAUCAGAACUUGAGGAAAACUAACAAGAAAGGACCCAAGAAGAUGUGGGUACCUAAGGAAAAGAUUAUUCCUAUUGCAGAGAUCCUUGGCUGCAAAGAAGGAAAAGCACAACAUGUCAUGGUACCUGGACUCUGGAUGCUCGCGACACAUGACAGGAAGAAGGUAUAUGUUCCAAGACCUGGUGCUUAAAUCUGCUGGAGAAGUGAAGUUUGGAGGAGAUCAGAAGGGCAAAAUUAUUGGCUCAGGAACUAUAAAGUCUGGUAACUCUCCUUCUAUUUCUAAUGUUCUUCUAGUAGAUGGAUUAGCUCAUAACUUACUGUCCAUAAGUCAAUUAAGUGACAAUGGUUAUGACAUGAUCUUUAAUCAAAAGCCUUGCAAGGCUGUAAGUCAGAAGGAUGGCUCAAUCCUAUUUACAGGCAAGAGAAAGAACAACAUUUAUAAGACAGAUCUUCAGGAUCUUAAGAAUCAGAAGGUGACUUGUCUUAUAUCUGUUUCUGAAGAGCAAUGGGUCUGGCACAGAAGAUUAUGACAUGCUAGUUUGAGAAAGAUUUCUCAAAUUAACAAACUAAAUCUUGUCAGAGGACUCCCUAAUCUGAAAUACAAAUCAGAUGCUCUUUGUGAAGCAUGUCAGAAGGGCAAGUUCUCCAAACCUGCAUUCAAGUCUAAGAAUGUUGUCUCUUCCUCAAGGCCGUUAGAACUUUUGCACAUUGAUCUGUUUGGCCCAGUCAAAACAGCAUCUGUCAAAGGGAAGAAAUAUGGAUUAGUCAUCGUUGAUGAUUAUAGCCGCUGGACAUGGGUAAAGUUCUUGAAACACAAGGAUGAGUCUCAUUCAGUGUUCUUUGAAUUCUGCACUCAGACCCAAACUGAGAAGGAGUGUAAAAUCAUAAAGGUCAGAAGUGAUCAUGGUGGUGAAUUUGAGAACAAAUUCUUUGAGGAGUUCUUCAAAGAAAAUGGUAUUGCCCAUGAUUUCUCUUGUCCUAGAACUCCACAACAAAAUGGAGUUGUAGAACGAAAGAAUAGGACUCUACAAGAAAUGGCCAGAACCAUGAUCAACGAAACCAAUAUGGCUAAGCACUUCUGGGCAGAAGCAAUAAACACUGCAUGUUAUAUUCAGAAUAGAAUCUCUAUAAGACCUAUUCUAAAUAAGACUCCUUAUGAAUUGUGGAAGAACAGAAAGCCCAACAUUUCAUAUUUUCAUCCUUUUGGAUGUGUUUGUUUUAUUCUGAACACUAAAGAUCAUCUUGGUAAGUUUGAUUCUAAGGCACAAAAAUGUUUCCUUCUUGGAUAUUCUGAACGCUCUAAAGGCUACAGAGUAUACAAUACUGAAACAUUGAUUGUAGAAGAAUCAAUCAAUAUCAGGUUUGAUGAUAAGCUUGGUCUUGAAAAGCCAAAGCAGUUUGAAAAUUUUGCAGAUAUUGAUAUUGAUAUCUCAGAAGUUGAAGAACCAAGAAGAAAAGUUUCAGAAGCUGAAAACCAAAGCAGCAAAGAAUCAGAAGAUCAAAUUGCUGCAUCCUUGGAAAAUCUGAGAAGUUCUGAAGAACCAACUAUCAGAAGAUCAUCUAGACUCACAUCUGCUCACUCAGAAGAUGUCAUUAUUGGAAAGAAAGAUGAUCCAAUAAGAACCAGAGCGUUCUUAAAAAGUGAGAAUCAGAAUCUGCUCUCAGAAGCUAAAAACUAAAAGUCUUGUUGUCAUCAGCAUCUGAAAGCAAGACGACAGCUGUAAUCUGGUAUCUUCUAGCUGUAAACUCGUGUUGGCUACAGGUAAAAGCGUGCAUCUGAAGGGACGUCUUCCUAGGUAACUGUGUAAAUCGUUUCAGAAGUCACUCUCUCACCUAGCGUCAUUCCUCAUUAAAUGCAAUUGAUUUUAUUUGAUUUUGUAACUGUUCACUGUCAUAAAAUGCAUUACAUUGUCUUUUCAAAUCCGUGUCUAUAAGUUCAUUUCAAAUUCUUUUUGGGUUUCUUUUCGCUCUCUUUUCAUUUUCCUUUGUGUAUGCAUUUCUGCAAUCUGUUCUCUCUUUUCUCUAACCCUAAGCGAAAACCAAGUUCUUGUUCUUCUCUCAAAGUUGCUCAAAUGGCUGCCUCAUCAUCUCUCAAUGCUGGUCCCUCUGCACCCAUUCAUCCUCGCGAAGGAGAACAACCGUUGGUUCCGGUCAUCACUUGCUCAAUCCCUAAAGACAAGUUGGAAGUUAUCUGUGAACUCAUGGUUGAUUUUGACAGUCUUGAAGAACAUGAGUUUCGUCUUAAGGAGGACAUGAUUUUUCAGGGAUGGACAUCACUUUUUGCUGAGUUCUGUGGUCCUACUUACCCAGAUUUAGUGAAGGAAUUCUGGAUUCAUGCCGUCGUCACUCCUACCUCCAUCCUAUCUUUUGUUCAUAAAAAAUUUGUGGUGGUAACAGAAGCAAUUCUGAGAAUGAUGUUUGAUCUCAGAACCGCUGAAGGAGCUUUUGAACUUAAUAAAAGAGAAGACUAGGAUGACGUUCUAUCCACUCUCUAUGAUGGAGGAAAAUACAACAAGCCUGUUAAAGAUUUGAAGCUCAUUUAUCAAAUCUAGACAAAGAUUCUCUUGGGGUGUUUCUAUCACAGGAAAUCAACCCACUCUGCUGAUUAUGUGAACAAGGAGCAACAAUACAUUCUGUAUUGUAUUGCUACCCAGAAGAAAGUUGAUGUUAUUCACAUCAUUUUCAAACACAUGUGUAAGACUGUAAAAGAAUCUAGGGAUACCUUCAAAUCGAAAAAGAGCUACAUCAUUCCGUUUGGAAGAAUCUUUACAAAUCUUCUGGUCCACUCCAAAAUUGUGGAAAGUCUGGAAUCAGAAGGAACCAUUAAAGAUCUUGCAGUUUGCUCAGGAAGCUGCUUGAAUGCUCUUACCUUGAGAAAGAUGAAUGUAAUCAGUUCUAUAAAGAACGUUCCUAAGCCUCUUUCUGGAGUUGAAGACAAAAGGGAUCCUAUUCUUGCUGAAUUUGAAUCCCUCUUCAGAAAUGAGAUUCCACAAGUUAGGACAAGGUAUCUCAACUCUCUCAAUGAAGAAGAUGUCCAAACUGUCCCUGAAAAAGGCAAAAGGAAAAGAGCUCCUUCUUCAAAAGCUGCUGACUUAGAAGAAGUCCCUGAACCUGCUCAGAAAGCUGUUGUCAACAAAGAAAGAAGGACUAAAAGGAAGCUUGACCGUUCCUCUGGUAGUCAGGAUAAAGAAGUUCUUACAGAAGUUGUUCCUGUAGCUACUGACAGUUCUGCUACACUUGAAGCUAUAGUUGAAUCAGAAGCAGCGUCUGAGAAAACAGCAGAAAAGGAAGAAGAUGUUGCUGUUGAGAAAAAGAAAAAGAAAAAGGCAUCUAAAGUUGUUGUUGUUCAAAAAGUUGCUGAGAAGAAGAAGAGAAGAAGAAUGAUUGUGACUGAUAGUGAGGAGGAAGAAGGUGCCUCAGAAGCUGUAGAAAAGGAAGAAGACAGUCGAAUGGUUGCCAGAAGAAAAGAAAUUGCUUCUGGAAAAGCAAAGGUAGUGGAAGAGAAGAAAUCCAAGAAGCAGAAGCGCCGUGAAGCUGAACUUGCUGCUCUUCAGAAUGUUUCUAAAGGUAUUGUCUUCUCUGAACUUGUUUCUGCACCUGCUUAUCAAUCAGAAGUUGCACCAAUAUCUGUUGCCCCUCCUUCUGAAGUUCUAAACCAACCAGAAACAGUCCCAACAGAAUCACCCAUUCUUGUCCAUGCUCUCAUUCCUCCCUCUCCUUCUCAAAUAAACACUGUAUCUGACCAAGUCAUUGAACCCACUGUUCUUGACAUACAACCCCUCCAAACUGUCAUUCCUCUCACAACAUCUUCACCCUCGUCUCUAUCUCCUCCUUCUGAAAAUAAUGAACCCAUUCCCUCCACCUCACUAAAUAAUUUUUCAGAAACCGUAGAAAAUUUCCUUUUUCCACUUAACCGUGAUCCGCAGCCCUACUCCAUACUAAAACCAGAUUUUGGUCUACACAAAAUCAAACCUCGUCGUCCCUACAGUAUUGAUGUACGCUUUACAAUUGUAAAGCAGCUUGUAGACAGAGGUGUGGAAGUCCUUCGUGCAGCUCAUCACGGUGGAAUAGAUGAUGAAGCAAUGCGAAAGAUCUGGCGGUCCUUUAGAUUCAUGUCUGAUGUUGCCUUUAAAGCCCUUCAGGAGUCUUGUGAAUAUCUUGCUCCAAGACCUAAAAGGUUUCUAAGGGAUGCUGAAGAUUUUUGGUUUACUAGUUGUAGUGGCCGAUUCUGCUUUGAAGAGAAAAAAUUCAUUGAUGAGCUUGAAUUAGCAAGGCUCCUUGCAGAACUGGAAGCGAAUCCCUACAGAACUCUUGUGGUCUGGCGACCAAAGUUCAUGGUUCUGACUGGUGACUUUCAGGGGCUGUUCAACUGGUUCAGAAUGAACCCUUCUGAAAGUGCUCCUGAUAUGGACUUUCUAGUAGUGGUCUAUCCUGCAGCUGUUGCUGGUCCUCCUUCUCCAACAAAUCUUGCAACCAUUCUUCAAGCCCUGGAAGAUGGAAAUUCUGAGUUCCCAGAACCAGAAUAUGCUGAAGCUAUUUCUGAGUCUGACUCAGAUGUAGAGAUGGAAGAUGCUGAAGAGAUUGUCUGUUCUCAUUCAGAAGAUCAUCCUGCUGAGAAUGUGGUGGUACAUUCUGAUGAUCUCCCUGAAGAGACUACCAUGGAAGCAGCAGUGGAGAAUGCUAUGCCAGUCAACAGAAGUCUGGAAGUUUCUUCUUCUGGUGAACCCUCCUAUCUGGUGCGGACUUUGGAGGCCAUGCAGAAGAAUCAAAAUGACCUGGCUUCUCGUCUGGAUAGGCAAGAUGAGACCAAUGCAGAGUUCAGAGCCUUCAUGGCAAGGCAGACUGAGAGCAACAAUGGGAUCCAUGAGACACUAGCCAAGAUUUUGUCAAAGCUAGGGUCUUAGUCUUUGUGUCUUAGUUGUCUUCUGUUUGUUUGUUGCAUCUGCUUCCUGCAUAACUCUUGUACUUCCGCUUAUUUUAUCAAUGACUAUUUGGUUCUCUUUCCAUUUGUCCUGUGGUUACAUCUGAAUCUUUUACAUUCUUUUUGAUGUUAUGACAAAAAGGGGGAGAAAUAGUGAUAAAUGAUUUGAUUUAUAUUAGCAGUUGCCGGGAAGAAAGCCCCCACAUUACUAACAGAAGCUGAGAGCUUCAUAUGUUUCUAAGUUGUGUUGUUGCAGGAAUUGAAGAUUCAAGAUCAAUAAGCAACAAGAUGAAUCAAGUUCUUGGAUUCUUGAAGCAAGCUGAGUGCUAUGAAGCUUCAGAAUCAGAAGCAAGAAGGAAGAAUGUUCAGAUAUUCUAAUGAUAGAAUAUGUUCUGAUACAUUCUAUAUGGCUUAUAUGGCUCUGAUACAUAUUAUGUGUUCUGAAACAUAUUUUAUGUUCUGAUUCAUUCAUGCUGACUUUUGUCGUUUAGUUUUGUUCUGUAACAUUUCAGGAUGUAGAGAUGCUCUGAUGAUGCUCUGGUACAUUCAACAAUGUUCUGAUACAAUCUAGCAUGAAGUGAUGUAAGAAGAAAUUCAAGCUCUGAAGCUGUCCGCUGAAAGCAAGAAUCAGAAGCUAUGAAUGUUCCGAGGAUCAAAGAAAUUCAAGUUCUGAAGCUGUCCGAUGGAAGCAGGAAUCAGAAGCUGUGAAUGUUCUGAGGAUCUAAAGAAAUUCAAUGUUCUGAAGCUGUCCUAUGGAAGCAGAAAUCAGAAGCAGUGAAUGUUCUGAAGUUCAAGCAUAUGUGAACGUCUCUACUGAAAUACUCAGGGAAGUCUUUUAUUUAUAAAAUUCUUCUAGUAUUAAUUUCAGGGGGAGAUUGUUAAUCUCAGGGGGAGACACAUUCACAUUAUGUUUAUAUGCUUAUGCUGUAACUGUGUAAUUGUCUUUUGCCGUCUGUUAUUCUGAUUGCAAAUUCAUAUCAUUUAUAUAUGUUUUUGUCAUCAUCAAAAAGGGGGAGAUUGUUAGAACAAGAAUUGUUCUGAUCAAUAAUCUUAGUUUUGAUGAUAACAAUAUAUAUGAAUUUUGCUCAAGAUAAUGUGGUACUCUAAUCCUAUGCAAUUUCCUUUUCAGGAAAUAUAUAAAGAGUAUGCACAAAUCAGCGCUAAGAAGCUUUGACUCAGAAGGUUCAGUAUGCAACUUCAGCACAUGGUCUGGCAAGACAUCAGAAGAUGGUCAAGCAGAAUCAGAACAUGGUCUAUAGAAGCAUCAGAAGAACUUGAGUUCAGAAGCAGAAGCACCGAAGUCAUGGAAUCACGCUCAGAAGCAUAUCAAGAUCAAAGGAUCAGAAGAUGCUCUGCACCAAGAUGUUUGUACUUUGAUGAUUUUCAACGUAGUAUUUACAAAGAACAAAUCAGAAUCAAGUACUAGAUGGCAGGCUACGCUGACUGACAAAAGGAACGUUAGAAGCUAUUAAAGGCAAUGUCAGUAGUCACAGCAAAAGCAAGGCUCGAGGUAGUUGACAAAACAGUGAAACAUUAAAUGCAAUGCUGUACGGAAUACGCAAAGCAUUAAAUGCUCCCAACGGUCAUCUUCUCAAACGCCUAUAUAAAUGAAGUUCUGAUGAGAAGCAAGGUUACCAAUUUCUUGACAAUUUCUGUGAAUAUUAACUUGCUGAAACGCUGUUCAACUCAAAGCUCAGAAACUUCAUCUUCAUCAAAGCUCACUACAUUGCUGUUGUAAUACUUUAGUGAGUCUAAGCUUAAAUCUGUAAGAGAAAUAUCACAGUUUGUGAUUAUCGCUUUUAAGAAGCAAUUGUAAUACUCUUAGAAUUUGUUUACAUUAAUUUGUAAAGGACUAGAGUGAUCGGGUUGUGAUCAGUAUACUCUAGAGAAGUCUUAGAAGGUCUCUAAGCAGUUGUUACUAGAGUGAUCGAGUUGUGAUCAGUAUACUCUAGAGAAGUCUUAGAAGGUCUCUAAGCAGUUGUUCCUAGAGUGAUCAAGUUGUGAUCAGAAGACUCUAGAAGACUUAGAAGUUGUCUAAGUGGAAAACCAUUGUAAUCUCGUGUGAUUAGUGGAUUAAAUCCUCAGUUGAGGUAAAUCAACUUGUAUAGGGUGGACUGGAGUAGUUUAGUUAACAACGAACCAAGAUAAAAAUACUUGUGCAAAUUAUUUUUAUCUUACGAGUUUUUGAAACUACACUUAUUCAAACCCCCAUUUCUAAGUGUUUUUCUAUCCUUCAGUUGCAAGCUGUUAUGUUGGCUAUUAUCCCAUCAAAAUGGUCAACAGUCACAUCAUGAUCCGCAAAAGCUUGAUCUAAGACUCUCAUCAGGGCUUCCCUGUGGGCUUCAGAGUUUAAAAGCAAUGAAAGUAUUGAGAUCUUUGAAGGAGUCUGCAUAAGCUGAUCCACAAUCUUGUAUUCGCUUCUUUUGAUAAGCUUCAAAAUUUCAUCAAAGUCAGGAUUGACAUUGGUUCCACUGGAUUGGCCAACAUCAGUACUUGUAUUACUGACAGGAGUUUCCUCAGGAUUCCUUAUUGGUGUAUCGACAGGAUUUUGCCUGGUUGCAGGAGCAAUAGGCUGCUUUGGAGGUGGUAGAGUGUACACACGUCCACUUCUUGUUACUCGACUUACAUCAGCGAUGUUUACGACAGAUGAAAGGAUAGGUAAAGGAACUUCUUGUCCAUCCUUUAUCAUUGUUGCAUUGUAGUUGUAGGGAACUGCCUUAUCAGAGUCAUAGGGAACAGGUCCACGUAGACAAAUGAUCAGAGGAGCAACAGGAACCUUUGGCUUGUUGUAAGUAACUUCUAUGCGCUCGGGCAUGUUGAAAUGAGGAACGAUGACGUUAACUUUAGACAUUUCCGAGUUGAUAUCUGAGACUAAAAGCUCAUGCGGAUAACAUCCUAUCAUGUUAACUUCAUCUUCAUUCCUAUUUCUGUAGAUCUGAAUAGUACCAUUAUCUAGCAAAACUUGAAGAUCUCUUCUCACAGUCGAACAUCCAUGAGGAUCUACACAACAUAUGCUACAGGAACCGUAGUGAUGCUGGCGAAAAUUCUCCCUUUGACAGAGAGUGGCGUGCAUUUGUACCAAAUCUGCUCUUGAGAAAUUGAUGUCAUAGAUUCGGUAUGGACCAGGACAUCCAUACACCAUGUUUACAACCUGCCCUCCAUGAUUGGGCAGCGGAUUUGCUUGCACAUUUGGAUUCAAAUUUCUGAAAGAGAGGAGAUUGGAUCUAACCAACCUCUGAACUUCAUAUUUCAAAGCUAUGCAAUGCUCAAGAUCAUGGCCAGGUGCUCCUUGAUGAUAAGGGCAUGAGACCUCAGCUUUGUACCACCAUGGGAGUUUCUCAAGUAUUGGUGGUGGUGCUUUAGUUUGAACAAGAACUCUUUCAACCAAGGCAGGGUACAACUCUGUGUAGGUCAUUGGAAUUGGAUCAAACUGUGGAGCUCUUUGCACACGAUUCUGAUUAUUGUUGAACUGCUGAGCCUGUUGUCGAGGCUGUUGUUGUUGAAACUGCGGGGUAAAUCCCGGAUUCGGUGCUGUAUUAACAACUGGCGCAAUAGCAGCAAUCUGUCGUUGACGAUUGACAUUUCCUCUUGGCUUUCCUUGGGAUACCAUGUCAACACUUUGUUCUUUCUUCUUUGGGAAACCACUUCCAAACUUUUUGGUUCCGCUUGAAGAUCCACCUUCUUUAGUUAGACGUCCAUUUCGGACUCCUUCUUCUAGACGCAUCCCCAUGUUUACCAUUUCGGUGAAAUCACUUGGAGCACUAGCAAUCAUGCGUUCAUAAUAAAACGAACUGAGAGUAUUCAAAAAGAUCUUUGUCAUCUCUUUCUCUUUUAACGGUGGAUUAAUCUGAGCAGCAGUUUCUCUCCAUCGUUGGGCAUAUUCUUUGAAAGCUUCAUGAUCUUUCUGAGCCAUGGAUCGAAGCUGAUCUCUGUCUGGAGCCAUAUCCGAGUUGUAUUUGUAUUGUCGGACAAAGGCCUCACCUAGGUCGUUGAAAGUCCGAAUGUUAGUGCUAUCCAAACCUGUGUACCACUUCAGUGCGGCACCAGUCAAACUGUCUUGAAAGUAAUGGAUGAGCAACUGAUGAUUAUCUGCAUAAGUAGACAUCUUCCUAGCAUACAUCACAAGAUGGCUUUGUGGAUAAGAACUACCUUUGUACUUCUCAAAGUCUGGGACCUUGAAUUUAGCAGGUAUUUGUACACUGGGAACUAAGCAUAGCUCCUGGGCAUUCUUCCCGAAAAAGUCUUUCCCAUGAAUAGCUUUAACUUCUAGCUGUAUCUUGUUAAACUGCUCUUGGAGAUCUUCCACAAGGUUUCGCUGAUUUGUGCUAUCACCUUGGUCAUGAUAAAUCUCAUUGCCUUCAUAAGGAAUAGUGUGAACCAUAGGAGUCGCAACUGUCAUAGUGGGUUGAGAGAGUGCCAUAGUGAUCUGAGAAAACACUACCCCCUGAUUUGGAGUGAACAGUGAACUUUGUGCAGCGGGCGCUUCAGUUGUGGAUGUUGGAAUCCCAGAGAAAUUAUGGCGAAAACCCGUACCAAAGCUGAAAGGCGUGCCCCAACCUUCUGGCAUGGAGAAAGAUGGAAUGCUGAAUGCAACUGUAGAGACUGGAGUAGUGACUUCAGAUGUCACUGUUGCUUGACUGUUGGGUGGCAGCGGCUGAUUCUGUGCGGCCAUUAAGGAGUCAACCAGAGUAGUGAGACUUUCCAACUUUUCUUGAAGGGUGGCAACUGUACCACGGAGCUCAAUAUUCUCUUGUUCAGAGUGUUCCAUUACUCUUCUUCUGCUUGAACGAGUAUUGUAUUUGUGAUCUGAUUGCGAGCGCGGUCGAGAAACUUUGAGACGCGAUAGCUUGACGAUCUAAUGGAAGAAAAUCCAAAAGAUAAGACUCUAGACAACAGACUCGAUAUGCAGAAUGAUGUAUGCAAAAAAGAAGUUUAUGAUUUUUUCCAAAUAUUUUAAAGAUUAUUUUCUUGCAAACAUUGGAACACAAACUGUAAUUUUAUUGAAAUUAUGGGAAAAUGUUACAACAUUGGAGCAUAGCUCCUACAGAAGCAAAUGAUAAGUAAAAAGCUAAACAAUCCUAAGCAUCUUCAUCAGACGAAGAACCAAAUGCGUUGUGCAGCUUGAGCUUCAGGAUUUCUUUCCCAUAGUAAGCUUUCAACUCGGCCUUUUCGGUCCUCAGCUUGUCAACAACAUUCUUCCAGUCGUCAGGCGUUGGAGCGUUGCUUGUUGAGCCUUCAAGCUUUUUCUUGCUUUCUUUGAUGUACCUCUUGAUUGCAGCGUCUUUCUGACGGAUCUUCUCAUCUUUACUCAUGAGCCAUCCAUCUUGACAGUAGAGGGUUUCCUCGUGAUCUUUCACUCGUUUCUUCAACCUUCUGUUUUCCACAUCGGUCUUACGAAACUUAUCUUCCCAAGCAUCUUUAUCUAACCUCAUCUUGGCUAAAGUGUCUUGGUAUUCCUCCAUAGUGUAAAUGGGAAUGUUGGGCAGUUGAGAUACCACAGGAAACACGGGUUUUUCAUAAGCAUAAGGCAUUUGAAACUCCUUUGCUCUUUUCUUUACCCAGCAGGUGUAGGCGUCCAUGGCAAUGCAAUUUCUUGCCCCACCUUUUUCUUUCCAUCAGACGUCGUACCAAGCUCUCACCGUUCUUGUUUUCAACCUCUGAGGAUCGUCCCCUUCUUGAUAGAAGUAGCCUUCCACUGUGGGACCAAUGGGUUUAGUUGAAUUUGCAUACCCGAGUUGUCGUCGGGCUAAGACCGGAUUGUAGUUAAUUCCUCCUUGUGUACCAAUGAGGGGUACGUUGGCGAACUCUCCACAACUAUCAAUGGUUUCUGUACCACAGCGAGCCAAGGUAUACCAAUGAAUAUCAUUAUUAGUAAGAGACAUAAGUCUUCGAGGCCAACGCAAACCUUCUCGGUUUUCCGUGAAGAUAGGAGACUCAGGUAAGUGUGAAACAAUCCAUUUGAACAACAGAGGUGCACAACAUACAAUGAUUCCACCGCCUUGGCGAUUCCUAUGAUGGACAGAGAAAUACAUGUCACCAAGCAAAGUCGGAACAGGAUUUCCAUUCAAAAAGAUUUUUAUGGCGUUGAUAUCAACAAAGUCGUUGACGUUGGGAAACAGAACCAACCCAUAGAUGAGCAAGGCUAGUAUAGCUUCGAAAGCUAUCAUGCUACCAGUUUCGACGAAAUCAAAGGGUUUCUUCAUUAGGAAGUGUGAAGUUAAACCCGGGAGGUUUCCUUUGGUAGUCCAAUUACUCUCUACUUCAGAUUUCUUCAAGUGGAUACCUGCUGCAAUGACUGGUGACUUAGGAAUGGCUUCCAAACCAUUGAAAGGUAUUUUGUCAGACACGGGAAUACCCAAAAGAUUGGCAUAUUCUUCCAAGGUUGGUACCAACUGGUAGUCUGGAAAGGUGAAACAUCGGUAGACGGGAUCAUAGAACUGAACCAGAGUUUUGAGAAGUCCUUCAUCAACAUGAGUGUUCAAGAUAGGCAAAAGCUUUCCAUAACUUUUCCUAAAACCGGAAGGAUCUUGUACAGAAGAUGCUAACUCUCUCAGUUUUUCCACAUCAGGCGCUUUGAAACCGUACUUUUUGGUAUGCCUUUUUACCCCUUCCAUAACUUAAUCCUUAAAAGUUUGCAAAGAAAAUUCUCUAAAUUUUUGGAAAAAUCAUGUUUUUAUGGAAAAAGAUGGGUUUUUUAAUGAAUGUAUGAAUGCAUGGAUGCAUGGAUGCCACAUAUUCAAACAUGGUAAAGCAAACAUGGUAAUGCAAACAUGGUAACGCAAACAUGGUAUUGCAAACAUGGUAUUGCAAACAUGGUAAUACAAACAUGGUACACAUAGGUUCAAAGGUCCAGCGUCACGAGCAUGAGGUCAGAGAACCCAACAUGGGAUGGUACUAGGGGUUAAUCACCUGCACAACAUGUUCUACUGAUACGUCAGAGUCUACAUUUUUCUUUCGGAUAUUACCGGCUUGCACAACUGAACUUGUGAGCUAGCAGUAUUCUCAAGAAAAACUCGUCAUGAGUGUGGCUCUCCGCAUGACAACUAAUCCAAGUCUUCACCUGAAUAGUUUCUGCGCCACAACCUAAUAAGGCCAGGAUGGGUUGGGGUUCUACGGCCAACUCAGCUUCUACAGUUCAAUGAAAGCAAUAAUGUCUUCGCUACGAAACAUGCUAAACAUAUAUUACCAACAAGGAACCUCCACUGAGCGAAAGGAUUCUCAUGCCAGCUUUUUAAGGACUAAACUCCUUGUAUGCCAUACAUGACUAUACCCUCCACCUAAUUCUUAUGUGUACUUAAUCCGGGUUAGGAUUUGUCCAUAAUGUAUCCCUUGUAACAGAACCACACAAGUAACAGAACCAGAACCACACAUGUAACAAAAAAGAAAUGAAAAAUAUAGUAAAUAGAAUUAACCCUUCCUUUGGAAACAAUAAAAAGAUGGUCUCUUUGUCCCCAGUGAAGUCGCCAUUUUUCUGUCGCGGGGAAAAAUCAUUGUUUUGUGGGAUGAGACACCUGAUGCCUUCUUUGGGCUCGAGUGCUCAAGAAAAGAUUUUUCUUUGUUUUUGUCACGACCAAACUUUUUAUUGUUUCCAAAGUAGGAAAAGGAAAAAAGCUGCAAUAACCUUAAAAGUGGGGGAGAGAUUUCGGGUAAGAGGGUUGGUUAUACGAGGGGAAGGUAUUAGCACCCAACGUAUCUAUAGUACUCUAUAGGCUUCUGUCAUACCCUAAUUUUUGACCCCCCUGAGAUGACAUAUCUUCAGGAUUUUUCAUCAGGUCAAGACAAGUUCCCAGAGCAGUCAUUUCUCCAUCUGGUACCUAAUCGAGGAUGCUCAAAGACAAGAAAGCUCAGGCAAAGGAUCAAUCAAUACAAGGAUUAGUCCCUAAUACAAUCAUGAGGCUCAAAGACUUCACUUUUCUCACCUAUGAUUGAUUAGACAUCCAGUCAUAUGAGUACAGGUUUACUCAGGUCACCAGACUAGGGUUUUGAGCCUAUCAAGGACUGAAAUCAGGGAUCACAUUUGGGAAACCCUAAAAAACCUCAGGGAACCAUUCAAAGACAUCAAUCAUCUUCAAAUAACUCAUAUUACAAGGUCUACUGGACAUCACACUGCAAUUCAAAGUCUACAGUCAUUAUUUUCACAUGGUCGACAAAUUAGGGUUUUGACCUAAUUCACCAAGAUAGUUGACUUCUGAUCAGGGCAUGAAUCCAAAACUCAAGACAUGAUUCAAGGAUCUCUACUACCUCCAUAUAAUCCAUUUAUAUCAUCCAUUUGUGGAGAAGAUCUUAUUUCUACACAAAGGCCCAAAAAUUCACUUUGUCAGGAAAAAGUCAACUGUGAAGGAUCAUCAUUGACUUUUAAGGUUUUUGGUCAAAAAAUGACUUUCAAAGAUCAAUAUCAUCAAUAUAUGGAUGUCAAAGUCAUUUGGCCAAAGAAAUUCAAAGAAAUUCAUCAAGGAGCGAAAAGUCGGGAAUUAGGGUUUUUGAAGGCAUGGUGAGAUCUCAAAAUUUCACCUACACAACUCAAAAAACUUCCAACAUGAAAGUUGUAGAUCUUGCAAAAUAAAACAACAUCUUACAAAGGAACUUUUUUCAAAAGAUCAACCAUUUAUGAAGUUUUGGAAAUUUUGAAGUUUAGGUCAUAAACACUUAGAAAUUUUUCUAAGUGUUUUAACCUAGUUUUCAUCCAACUUUGGGCUCAUUUUUCACAAAUUUCCUAAAUGAUUCUGAAGAAGACAUAAACUAAUGAUUUGAAGUAGAUGUUUAGGGCUUUCCAAAUUGUGUUCAACCUUCUCCAAAUUCAAUUUGAGCUAGGAGUU